GCGGGAGGGGCCGGGCGGUGGCCCCGUCGUGCCGGGAAGAGGGCGAGGCGCCGCCGAGUCCCGAGUGGAGCCGGGCGCGGAGCGAGGACGGCCGGAGAGCCAGCGCGGCUGGUGCGCUGGGCGGGCGGGCGGCGCUCGAGGGCGAAGCGGGCGAUGCCAUUUCUUGGCGAGGGAGUCGGGCGGCCAGCAUGAAAGAUGCAGGUGAGGGGCGCCGGGGACCGGAGGGGGGAGGCUGGUGAAACGAGAGGGGGGGUCCGGGCGGGGCGGGGGCGAAGGUGAGGGAUGACUUGGUCCGGAUUUUGAUCUUUGAGGGGGGGUUGUCAAGGCAUAAUUUGCGGCUCAGGGGAUUGUGCUUCUCCGCUGUAAUAGGUAGUGGGGCGGGCGGGGGUCGCCUGGCUUGGUGCCGGAGAACCCGAGCCAGGUUUAAUAGGAGGGAGGGGAGCGGGGGGGGGGGUUUCUAAUUUGCUGCCUUUUUACACAGUGCUCCAGAUUCGAUGCUGUGGCGAUGGAGAGCUUGCUAGAGGUGCGGGGGCGGGGGGCGGAGAGAUCCUCCUUUGCCCGUUCAGAACUCCGCUCUAGAUGUGUGUGCAUUUAUCCUUUUCAGAAUUAGGGCGGGGGGCUGUGGAGAUUUCGGGUUCCUGGCUCUUUUGAGAUUCUCGGGGUAAUGGUUGCCUGCCUUUCCCGCGAUUUAGGGCUUUGUUUUGUUCCCCACCCCCCAGCUUGAUUGAACCGGGUGGGCUGCUCCUGCCUCGAUUGGGAAGGAGGUGCACCAGAUUUGGGGUUCAGCUGUGAGCUUGAGGGGUCUGCUCUGGGAGCUGAUGUUGGAGGGGCAGUCUGCACCAGUCCGUCCACAGCCAGCCUCCUAGCAUGCAGUCUCGGUACUCCUAGCUGUUAACAAGGCAGUAAUAGCCCACCAUCACCCCCCCCCCCAUUCCUGGGUCUUUGGGGUUUGCCCUAUGGAGCCUGCUGGCUUUGGGUGAAUUUGCUCUGAGGUUAGUAAGCACUGGCUGAUUUUAUAAACGCACCAGGAGAAUAGUUGGGGUUUUUUUUGGGGGGGGGGUACAUGCAGGAUAAGCUGCGUUCCUUGGGAGUGACAUCUGGGUGUGUUUAUUGUCUAGCGAUGCCUUUUUCUCCCUUUACCUUUGCCAGGUGUGUGUUCGUGUUAACAGAUGUGGGGCUGUGUAUGUGUUGCUUGAAUCGAUGUUCGGGUGUACAAUGGUCGUAUGUGGCAUUAUUUUUGGACUAAGGAAGGAGGAGGGUUUAAAAUGGUAAAAAAUGAGAGAUCUCUCUGGGUGGAUCCUGCAAUGGACGGCGUGGGGGUUGAGGUGUUGCCUUUCCCUUCUGCAUCAUCUCUGGGUCUUUUGUCCCAGGUGAGCGUUUCUGGGUCGCCUUUUCUUAUGCAAUGCAUGUCCCUUUCUCUUUUGUCCCGAUCUACGAUGGUUGUGUGUGUGACUGCCUUGUAGAAAGGGAUAGGGACUGGGUGCUUCGGGGCAGAUCUGUUAUCAGAGGAGACCUGUCAGUUCUCUUUCUGUCUCUGUUUGCACACCAAACAAGGGGUCUAGAAGAAAAGGGUGUCGUUGGGGGUCAGUCCUUUUCGAGUGUAGGAAUGUGUUGCGUUGCAAGAGGAUGAGUCGAGAGAGCCCCCCCCCCCCAGCAGCCAAGGCACAAUGUUUUCUUGGAUGAUGAUGCCUCAGAGCUGGAGGCUUUUGUUUUUUGGUUUUUUGACAAUGCCUUCCUUCCUUCCUUCCUUCUCCCCACCUCCCCACCCCUCGACAAAAUCACUCACUGGCUUUCCCUGUGGCCACACCAGCUGCCCCAGCCUUAGGUCUCCAUGUGAGGAGAGUUGCAUCCCUUGCACAGCCAUUGCCCCCACAUCUUUAGCUGGAACCCACUGAACCCCCUUAUCGCCUUUGGGAGGAAGUGUGUGAAGCAGGGGGAGGGGCAGGUACUUAGAUGGGGUUGAGAAACAGGCUGCACAGGGUUCCUCUGGCAUCUGGGUGAAUGGCUGGGCCUGUUCAGGGUUGCCCUGAUGGGCCCUUUGGCCCCUGGGCAGAGAGCUGGGAAUCGAACAUUGGUGACCCUCUGCUGGAUGUAACUGGGAGGGUCGGCGGAAGCAAAGUUCCCCUCAGUGGCCAGGCCGGCAGCCAGCUGGGUUUAAGGUUAUUGUUUACCUGGGUGUCCUAAACUGUAAGGAGGCAGUUAAAAGCCAGGUUACUAUCAAAGCAGGUGCCUAGUCCCCCCUCCCCUUUCCUUCUUAUUGAUUUAGUUAAGUACAAAUAUAACAAACAAGGAAGAAACCAAAUAAUCAAAAAUGUAAACCAUAACAGUUGCAGCCUGGGAGAGCAAAAGCACAGUGCAGAGAUUUUAAGCUGCCUAGGAAUCACAUUUAGGAAGCUGCCAUAUGGCAAAUUAGACUGUUCACCCACCUAGCCCAGUGCUGUGGGCUCUGAUUGGCUGGGAUCUCCAGAAUCUCAGACUUAAGAGAUAUUUUAUCGCUUGGUCCCCUGGACUGUAGAUCUUGAGGCAUAGAACCUGGGACCUUCUAUGAGCAAAGAAUGUGCUGUGCCCCUUGGCUAUCUGACCCCGACACUCUCUGCUGUCUGUGGGCUGAUUGCAGUGGCUUAGUGACUUUGCGCAUGCCCAGUGGCACUACUUGUAUUUCUGGCAUUCCAGGCCAUGUUCUGGUACUAAGAAUGGGGCAUCUAGAAACGGAAGAUGCCAACCAGUACAUGAGCCUUAAAAGCUGAUGAGUUAGCUCAUGGUACAUUGUGCUCAUUGUGCAUUGUUGGCUGUUUGGCCUGGCAGUGGCUUCUGGAGACUUCAACAGAGGCCCUUCUCAGCCCGGGUACCUGAGAUCCCUUUCUGUUAGGGAUGCCUGGAUCUGGGACUUUUUCUGCUUGCAAAAUUUGUGCUCUGCCUCUGAGCUUCCAAGUAAUAAUUUUAAUCAUAAUUUUGUUAUUUAUAUGGUGCCCAUCUGACUGAGUUGCUCCAGCCACUCUGGAUCUACAUACAUCAGAGAUUUAAAGAAGGCAAUGGUUUGAAUAAGGGCUCUGUGUGUUUUGAAAGCUUGCCAAGUCCCCAUCACCAGAGGUAGCUCAACUCAAAAGUAUUCAUCUGUAUGAGAUUGCUUGACCUCUGGACAAAGAAACUGACAGACAAAUGAAAAUGUGCCACAUUGACACACAAGGUGUGUGUGUGUACCUCAGCAACUGGUGCACAUCUGUGCAAAAGACUCAGGCAACUCCUCAUACGAGUGGGCCAGUCUGGCAUGUUGGCCUGUGGAUAAGAGGUUUCUCUGGGAGUGAAAAAACUCAAUUGGAUUAAGAGGUCAACCUCACCCAGUUGGGGAAGACUGGAUUAGGACAUGCAGGAGAGUAACCUGGAGACCCUAGGACAUGAAGAAGUGGUGAAAACAGCUGAAAAUGCACAGAAAAUGAUAUUAAUGAUAUUGCUAUGAUGCCUGCACCAACGUAGGAUACAAUCCAGCAACUACCAACUGCUGAAUUAAAUGGGCGAGAGAGCACGUAUUUAAAUUGAAAUAAAUAACAUUUAAAAGUGCUUAACUGUUGUUAGCUCAGUGCCCAUGUUUCUCAUAUAGUACUUUUGAGUGUCCAGAGCACUUCACCUGCAACAGUUGUAUAAGGCAGGAGGUAAGUAUUAUUGUUCCCAUACUGCAGAUGGGGUGACUGAGGCAAAGAGAAAGCGGAUUGCCUAGGGCCACCUACUGAGUAUAAUGAGCUUAUGAAAGAGGCAGAAUAUGAACCAAGAACCUCCUGGUGGAGCAGAAAUGAAUACCCACCAUUUUUUUUCUCCAGAAUUCACCAGGCUUCUUUUGAAAGAAAAAUGCUGAAGGCCCCCUUGAAUUUGUUCUUUGAAUGUGAAACCUUGAAACUUGGGGCACUAUUUAGACUGUUGAUUUUGGCAGGCUUCAAAUAUGACAACUCACAAGCUGUUGCCUGUCAAAAAUACUAGCUGUUAUUGCAGGUUAUGCUGUAGAGUAUACUGAAUGGCAUUGCAUUAUGCAGCCACAAUAUACCAUUGCAUUUCAACAAUUUAAAUUCUACUGCAUGGCAUACCAGGGCUUUUCAGACGGCCUUCGGGAUAGCCUCCCACAACUUGGUGCCUUCCAGAAUUUGUUUUGCCUACAUCUUCCACCAUCCCUAACCAGGGGUGACAACUUGAAUAAAAUAUGGGGGGUGGGCAGGGUAAGCUCCGCCCCACAUAAUGGAUCACAUGAUACAGUGCAUGCAUCAACUUUUGGGGGGGCCCUCAAAUAUUUUAUUAGAGGGGUGAAGGCCCCCUUGGCCCCUAGCAGUUUCCUCCUAUGUCCCUAUUGGCCAUGCUAGCCAGAGCUGAUAGGGGUUGUAGUGCACAGCAUCUAGAGGGCACCAGGUUGGGGAAAGGCUGCUCUGGGGAACUGCAGUGAUUUUUGGAUGCUUAGCAAGGGUUGCUCAAUUAGAAGGAUGAUAGACAGAUACAAUGCCUGCUAUUGCUGAUCUUCCUGGGCUGAAGGAAGAACAAGAUCUACUGGCAGAUUCUUGGAUAAUUUGCAAUAGGCUGGUGAGGUCUUCUGACUCCCAAGAGCUGAACCAUGGUAACCAUGAAAAGUGAAGCUUGUGAGUAGUAGACAUACACAGCUAGCGUCAGGAAUGAUAUUUUGUUCAUACAUAGGUUGCACUUCUGUGCCUGCUUUAUGAGCCUCAGUGUUUCCCAUCUUAAAAAUGGGACUUUAGGCUUCAUUGUGCUGCUGUCAAUUGCUGUUCCAUAAGAAUACAGUAAAUGAUUCUAAUAGUUCUCAGCCGUGGUUGGCCUAAAGCUAAUUGAUUCAGUGUCAACAGAUGUAUUACUUGGCUUUCUUUGGCUCAGUACAGUUCAGCAGUUAUUGCUGGUUGUGAUGGCUGCAUGCUACCCCCAUGAACAGAGGCAUUGUGUCCCUGAAUACCAGUUGCUGGAGAGCACAGGGUGGAAGAGGGCUAUUGCACUCAUGCGCUACCUGUGGACUUCCCAUAGGUGCAUAUCUGGUUGGCCGUUGUGAGAACAGAAUGCUGGGCAUGCAAGGCCUUUGGUCUGACCCAACCUGGCUCUUCAUAUGUUUUCCUGAGGUCCACCAAAUGGAACCAGAUGCAGAAUGGCAGAGCCAGCUGCCUCUUGCACCCCAUGAGCCAUGCACUGGAACAAUCUGCCUAUGUAUGGCUCUGCUCUGAGGCAGGGUGAGAUCAGCAUCUCAGGUAUCAGGUGAUGGGGAAAGUGAAGGCAGCCCCCUGGCUGUGCCUCCUAAGUGCUCUGGCUCCAUCCUUCUCCUAGAGGACCAAGCAGGGAGAUUCAUGUCCUGUCCCUCAAUCCAAUAGCUAGCCUGCUGCCCGCAGGAGCGACGGAAGUCGGUGGACGUUGCAGUCCCGUUACCAAUAUUAAAAUGAGAUUCACUUGCCAGUGCGGUCAGUUUCUAUAUGUGGGAAGGUCAUGGUGCCACCUUGCACUUCUCCUCAGGCAGCAAAACACCUUGGGCAGCCCCAACCCAAGCAAAAAUCUGCUUCUGAGUUUCUCUCAGAGCUCCAGGGCUUCUUCUCAUUCAGUUCAGUUUGUAUGUGACAGGAACAGCAAAUUUGCUGUGUGCUGUGUUUUUAGGGAAGUGCCCAGUGCUGAUCAGGCAUCUCACCUGCUAUCUAAUUCUUGCUGAAACAAUAUCUACCUAAUUAAAGAAAACAUGGGGGGGGGGAGCUUUGAUGCAAAUAUUUUUCCAUGGGGCAAAACUCCAUAAUAAAUAAAUGUAGAUCCUACCACUUUCCCUAGACACAGUCCAUCACUUGGAUACUUUCAGCACAGCCGAGGAGAACCUCCUGUCUGAAGGCCCUUCCCAGCUCAGCCUGCCAAAAGUGUGCCAUCAAACUGUGGUCCUUCCUCUUCCUUCCCUAGAUGAGAGUGGAAAAUGAACAUACAAUCCAUUAGAUUACUGCAUAGAGCAUCACACAUACACCCCCCCCCAUGCAAGCUAAUACAGCUCCUUCAGAGACAUCUCCCGUGAUGCCUUUUUGGAAGUAGUCUUGAAGUGGUUUGAAAGUGGUGGCCCUGAUCCCAGAUAGCAACCCACUCUUCUUUCUCUAAGCAGUUGUGGGUUUUAUUACCAUCUCCUGUUGCUCUGGGCUUUGCGUGCAGAAAGAUCCAAGUUCAGUCAGGGGCAUUUUCAGUUACUAGGCUUUCAGCUAGGAUGGAGAGAUGUGAUUUGGGGGCUUUGGUGGACUGCUCUUGGCCUACUCUGGUGUCAAAGUAGAUCAAGAAUGGUGGGGGGACCUUUUCAGCCUAAGGGCUGCCAAUCCUUGUGGGGAACUUUCCAGGGGCUGCAUGCCAGCAGUGGGUGGGACCAAGGUAAAAGGGGGAGGAGCAACACAUGUAAUAAUUACCUCCACAUGGUAGGCUAGUUCCUACACACUGUCUCACAUCCCUCUCUUUCCUCUGUCUGGGUGAGCCAAAAGAAUUUCCAGAGCUUCAAUACAUAUUCCAACCAGCCAAACUGAGGUGGCCAUUGGCGUGCCCAGGGCAAGAGCCCCCCCCCCAGGCAAGAUGGAGAGGAUUUCAUAGAAUCAUGGAGUUGGAAGGGACCAGGAGGGCCACCUAGUCCUGCUUCCUGCAAUGCUGGAAUCUUUUGUCCAACAUGGGAAUCGAACCCAAGCCCCCAAGAUUGAGUCUCGUGCUCUGCCAUCUGAGCUCUCCAUUGAGUGGGGGCUGCAUUGGGCCGAUGGGCCUGAGGUCGUCCCCCCCAAGCAGAUGGUCCUGUAUCCUUCUCCAGUCCAGUGCCCUCAAGCUGUAUUGGGCUACAUCACCCCUUGGCUGCACUUACUGGAGCUGAUGGGAAAUGUGCUCCAAAACAUUUUGAGGGCAUUUUAGGGAAACAAGCAGAGCUGUGUAGGAUCCUGGUGUUAAGCAGAUUUAGACCACAUUCCCUUCAGUGAAGGUGCGGCCUUGCUUUCCUUCAGAUCACGCCCCAGGGGCAAAAUGGUGAGGGUCAAAAGCCUAUUCUCAAUCCAAUUCGUCACCCCCAACCCACAUUUGUAAAACCUUUGAGAAUGAGUAAGAAUUUUAUGAGCACAUGCUUUGGGAAGAUAGGAAUUUUGUCAUGGAUGUCAUGUAGGAAGAAGGAGUUUUGGCUCAUGACAGCUUUUGCCACCCCAGCGCUGUAGUGGGAUGAGAUAUCCCAGCCAAAAUUCUUCCUCCUGCACAACUGUUCUAGGCUCAGGAGCCCUGUCUGCCUUUUCACUCUGAACCACUCUGGUGUCACUGCAAAUGUCUGGUAGUAAUAAUGAAAGAUCAUCUAAUUGACUGUAUAAUCCCAAAACACAGCAUACAGAAUGCAUCAAUUACAAAUCCUUUUCCCAAGUUGGGAGAGGGGGCAAAAAUGGAGCAGACAAGGUUUGCAGCUUCAGGACCAUCCUGGGUUUAGAUCAGUGGUUCCCACAGGCUAUGGGAUUACUUAGGGCUAAGAGGCAAGGGGGCAGCAGGGGGCACUGGCGGUGUAAAUGGCUAUCAGACUUUGAAAAGCUGGUAUCCCUGGAUCAAGCUCAUCAGUUUUGUUUAACAAAUUACACUAGUUUCGGCUGGAUAAAUGUGCAAUUCAUUGUUCCUGUUUUGAAUUUCACUGUGCUGUUUUCUUCCUUUGUAGAUUGUGCAAACUUCUAUUCUCAAUAAUGCUUUUUGUAGAGCAGGGCAGGGGGCUCUGGGGAUGAGUGAUGGAACCAGAGUGGUGGUGGCCCCAAAUGAUUUGGGGACCAUUGGCUCAGAUGGUAACGGUGGUGGUAGGAAGCAUUUCUUUUUCUCCCAGACUGUUGUCCAGGCAGAAAUCUUGGCGUGUAUAUCCUCCCCCCGCCCCCCCUCCACCACCACUUCUUCUAUACAGCCAAACAUCUCCACACGCCAAUUUCCAGUUGGGAGUAUGGUCAUCAGCUCCACAGAAAAUGCCUGUAAAUGGAGAAAUAACUCAGGAAUAGUUUGCAGAGAGAGAAAGAGAGAUGAUACCUCUCAUCGCUACAGAGUGGGGCAGGAUAGCUUAGGCCCUCCUGUUUUGCAACUUCCAAAGAAAUAAUUUUUUAUUUUAUUCUCUAGCCUCACUUUCCUUCUUCUCCAGAAUGUUCAGGGAUGCACGUGUGAAAUCCCAGAGACUCGAGGAUUGGCAGAACAGCACCCAAGCCGCUGGGUAAUGCAGCUGCCCUAACAAUCAGGGUCUUGAUGGACUGGAUCUACUAUUCUGACCCUGUGAAAAACAGUGGGGCUUGUAUGUGAAGGGCUGGCUAUUUCCUGGCUAGGGUUGCCAACUAUUUCCCUGGCCCUUGCUCCCAUGCCUUUAACAGCAUUUGAUCAUCAGUUGUUCUUUUCUCCAGUCUUUUGCCCUUUCCAGUGUUCAGCCCUCUUCACAUUCAGCAGAUCUCACAUCAGAAAUGUCCAAGUCUUCUUUUCAUCAUGCUCUUAUAAUGUUGGAAUAGAAGUAUGCCAGCUUUGGAGUCAUACAUAAAAUUUCAUCAGGAAAAAAGUAUUGAGCAGCUCAAAAUAGCCCACAUAUUCUGCAGUAUAUAUAUUUUUUAAAAAAACUGUCUAGAAAAGAGGGUGUCUUGCUUUUGAAAUCUCUCUGUUUAGAGGUAUGUCUUUAUCUUGGUGGGAAGUGUCAAAAGCAGUUGGCUCCAGAGAAAGGUUUACAGAUCUGAUGGUCCACAAGUCACCCCUUUUUUGGCCUUUGUGCACAGGCCCACACCCUGGGCUGCCUCCUUUCCAGAAUAAGCGAUGCCAGCAGAUUCACUUCGUCUUUAUGUAACAGUGAGGAGUGAAUCUGACUUGGAUGUCUGUCGGCUUCAUCCUUCCUGACCUGUCUUUGCAGAGGAUGCAAAGCAACAGCCACCUGCUCGCCUCUUCUCCCUUGGGCAGGGAUGAAGCCUGUGCUACAGGGGCAUCACUAGGUAUGGCACAGAUUUGCAUGCUUUUGCAUAUCAAUACUGAUUGCUGUAGGGCUGUAGCUCAGAGGUAGAGCACCUACUUAGCAUGCAGAAUAGUUCCAGGUUCCCUUCCCAUGGGCAUCUCCAGGUAGGGCUAGGGCAGAACCUUGUCUGGAACCCUGGAGGGCCACUGCCAGCCUGUGCAGACAGUAUGGAGCUAGAUGCAUCAAAGGCCUGACUCAGUAUAAGACAGCUUCCCAGGUUCCUAUAGCCUCACUUGGGGGGGGGGUCAGAAACAUUGGGAUUGCCGGGGGGGUUGUUUCUGGGGAGAGUAUAACACACUAUGUCAGGGCUGGUGAGCCUGAUGCCUGAGGACCCAAUGUGACACCACACCCCGAUCUUUCUAUUUGGCCCUUGAAACUCCUCCUAGGCCACAUCCGCCCCCUCCCCUCCCCAGCCAAGCCCCUCCCCAGCACACACCUUUACCUGGCUUUUUUAUUUGUCAAGACAUCCAAACCAGACCAGGGUGUAAAAAAAUGUGUUUGUGUCAUAAGGACGUUCUUUCUUACUUUACCCCCUCCCACCAUUUCUAUCCUGCUUUAUCUCCGCAGAGCUCAAGGUUCUCCCUUCCCCUGUUUGAUGCUCUCAGCAACCCUGUGAGGUAGGUCAGGCUGAGCGGCUGUGACUGGCCCAAGUUCACCCAGGGAGCUUCACGGCCAAGUGGGGAUUUGAACCCAGGUCUCCCAGGUCCUAGUCCGACACUCUAACCACUACACCACACUGGUUUUCACCCACCUGGAUGCCCACGGGAAGCCCCACAGUGGUGCUCGCGUCACGUAUUGAGUCCCAGCAUCUGGUCUUCUGGGGCCUGAAUGCCUGACAGAGAAAGGGGAGCAGAGCCAGCAAGGCUGGUAGCCAUUGAGCAUCCUAAUUCAGUUUGUAUCCCUUUCUUCUCUGCAGGAGAAUUUGCACCCAAGGCAGCUUAAGAAUAGAACAGUAACUAGGUAAUAAGUAGUAACUCAUAGCAAAAGAAAUAUCACUGGCAUAUCAAACAACCCAUUUCAAUAACUCUUUCAGUAACAGGUUAAACAUGAAACAAUAAACUAGACGCUGUAAAGAUCUGCAGAAAAAGUGCAGAGGUUUAACAAAGUAAAUUAAAAUCAUAGGAGCCUCUAAAAAAUGGCAGCAGCGAUGUCAAAUCUGCAGAUAUGACAAUGCUGGUAUGCCUAAAUACAACUCCAUUAACCUCAAGCAACAAGAAAGCAGUAUAAGUCAUUCUCACAUCUUCUUCUCAGAUGUCCUGGCCAUUGAUGAGAACAUCUGUAUCUAUAAUGUAAUUUAUUUGGUGGCACUUCCAGUUACUACCGCAUGACAUGAUCUGCAAGGUCAAUGGUACACACACUUCAGUUUUGACCACGUUAGUUCAUGGCUUUUGGAAGUUUUCUCCGCUAACCCCUGCAUAUUAACCUCAGAGCCGCACCUCAUUUGACAACAUGGAAAUUGGUGUAUCAUUACACUUUCAUUUCACUUACUACCAUCUGACAGGGAUUUGCUGCUGCUCCUGUCAGGAGUUUGGAGAGUGCCAGCAAAGAGCCAGGUGGCACCUGAAAGAUUUAGAGAUCUAUGUCAGCUUCAUAAAAACGUAAGAGCCCAGGUGACUCAGGCCAAAGGCCCCUCUCUAGUCCUGCACCCUGUUUUCAGAGUGGCCGGUCAGAUGCCCAUGAUGAGAAGCCCACAACCAGGUCCAUGAGGCUGUUGGAGGCAGCUGCCUCCAGGGGUGCCCGGGGGGCAGCAGAUGUGGAUCUGGGUCAGCAGCAGCAAUGGCAGCAACACCUCAAUGGGGCAGUGUCUUCAUCCUCACAUCCCUCCAUCCAGGCAAGCGCUCAUCUCACACACCCCACCGACUGACCUCUCUCUCGCCUUUGCUCCAUGGCUUCCUGGCGGGGGACUUACUGGCCGGUGUCCUGCACGGCAGGGAGGGAGUCUGCCUGUCAGGAGGUGGCUGUACUUGCUCUUGCAUGGGGUGCCGUGGGUUAGUGAUUUGAUAGAGGAAGGGAAAGGAAGACGCAGUGAAAUGGAGAUGAGAAAUGUUGUGCUGAAGCAAGAGGGAAGAAAUGGAGAAAGAAAAUGGAGAGGGAAAGCCGAAUGGAAAGAGGAGGCCUAAAAUUGCAAGGUGCAGGGGGGGGGGAUAGAAAUAAUGCAGGCAUAUGAACAAAAGCUAAAUACCUUCAAGAAAGGGUCAGAGCAAGCCAGCGUGGCUAUCUGAAUUGGUGCAUCAGAGGUGGGUGGACCAAUGGCUGUGGAAUACAAGAAGUGCAUUCUACUCUAGGAUGUUGAAAUGCCACAAUAAAGAGAGCUGCAUCUUAAAACGUUAGCUCAGGGGUGGGGAAUCUGUGGUCCUCUAGGGCUGUGGUUCCCAAUCACCUAAGUAUUGCAGACCUCUUGUUUUUCAAAAGCCAAGCCAUGGACCCCCUGCUUUUGCAAAUUUUGAUAUCUCUGUGGUAGAUUUUGUUCUGACACCGCAGUCAGUUUUGCCAAGAGGCUUGGAAAUUGCAUUCACAAAACCAUUAAACAUAGUUAAAUGUAUUAUAUCAACUCUGGUUUUGUUCUUAUUGAUAAACCAGCUCCCACCCAGAGUUACAGCUUUUUAAUGACAGGGUUUCUGUACCUUUGACAGCUUGAUAGCAGGCAGAAUUUGGAAGUCAAACUGCUGGAACCUCCCCAUUUCAGAGACACAGUGACAAAAUAAGCAUCACCAGUUGAAUUUGUGCCUCAUCUGCAUAUGCUUCAGCCAUAGGUGCUCACCAGGGGAAAAAAUGGCAUUCUUCUAGCCAGAAAGUUACCUAGAACAUGUUACACAACUUUCUGUCACAGCUGAUAAGUUGACUGAAAAAGUUAAAUCCAGAAUGGGCAUUCUGAGAGAUAUCCACUUGUCUAGUGAGCCCCAUUUAUGUUUGUGGUGUCCAAUUAACAAUUGCUAUUAAGAAUGUUAUAUGUAUUAACAAUUUGUCACUGAUGUGAAUUGUGGAUUAGUUCAUGUGUGGUUUUUUUGAGGGGGGGAAGAUUACUGUAAUAGGUAAAAUGUGAGGCUGAAUUAUAAAUAUAUUAAUGUUGACAAUAUACACAUUUUUUAUUUUUUGCUUUGUAAUCUUGCAGGAAGAAAAAUCAUGCCUAAACAUUCUGCUGCUGCACCCAUAGCCUGGGUUUAAGGAUACGUGCAGUGAAGAGCUCGUAUGUCUGAGUUUCUAAGGCAGUGCAGGAGAGGGGGGUGUCCUUAUCAUGGUGCUAGGAAAGUUGCCUUGGUGGGACGAAAAUUAAUUGGUGUUUCAUGGAUGUUGAUGGAUGCAAUAUCUCAUUCAUUGCCCACGCAGGUGCCUUUGCAUACUGUCAAGCGGGGGUGGGGGAAAUGUGCAGCCUGAGGGCCACACUCCCUUCUGGACAGGCUUCCAAGGGCCACACGCCAGUGUAGUGGAGGCAAAAGCAGGUGCCACAACAAAUAUUAAUUUUAUCAUUGUAGACAAAAACACUUGGGGUGUGAAGCAGGACCAGCGAAGGAUGUGACCUAGGGAGGGGGGGUGUAGCCUGAGGGUCAGAGAAGGGGGCCUGGAGGGCUGCCUUGGGCCCUGGGCCUGAGCUUCCCCGCCCCCAAGGGUGCAGCAUCCUGUGGCCCCCAGUGGCCAAGCCCAGGAGCAGGGGACAAAGAGCAAAGGGGUGCACCCAGCAAAGGAUGUCACUGCACCCCCUUGCUUUGUCUUCAACUGCUUCAGCUGAAGACAAAUUAUCUUAAGUAAGAAUGAAGGUCCUAGAUGAAGCUUUCGAUGGUCUGGUAAAAAGUGAUAGGAUUUUAGAAGCUUUGUGCCACAUUUGCCAGAAACAUAGAUUGCGGAAAUCCAUGUGGCAUUGGAGAUACAGCAACAUGAAUGGAGACAAAUUCCAGUCUCCUGAGCCAUAAUUCCACACACAAACCUCCCCCCCCCCGGCCUUGGCUAUGAGAUGCAUUAGUACUGUGCAGUGAUCUUUCCAUUAUAAGUCUGUGGUCUGUGACAUCCCAGGGUCACGAUUCCUUCCUGUCUGAAAGUCUGGAUUGGUUUAUAAGAACCAGGAUGCUGUUCUUUUUUCUUUUCUUCAUUGCUAAGUGCCACUUGCCUUUGCCGGAGGGCAGACCCACAGAGAACCGGCAUCCCUGACUCUUCCUUUCCACCCGCCGCCUGGGAGAUGCCUUUGGGAACAGAUCGCCAAGUUCAAGUGCCGCUUAGGAGACGGCUCUGUGUGGGCAAGUGGUCUGGUUCCAUGGUACCUGAGUGUUGACUGAGCGCACACCCACCAAAUGCCCCAAUUUUCAAAAGACAGUCCUAGAAUCACAAAAGCCACCCAGGCUUCUGAUUUGAUCCUGAAACAUCCCUCUUUCUUCCACCAGUGUCGCUGCCAAACGUAGGGAGGAGGAAGAGCUGCCGCUUGUCCCAAAUGGUGGCAGUGGCAGCUGUGAGGGAGCUCCUGUUGCCUCUCCAUGGCGGCGGCGGCUGCUGCUGCUGCUACUGGCCUCCUCCCUUGCGCAGCAGCUGCUGGGGAACAGGCAAGGAGGAGGAGAGGCUGCUGUAGCCCAGCCCCACAGGACACACUAGCUCUGGGGGGCAGGCAGAGGUCAGGGGUGCCGUGGGUGGGUGGGUGGGUGGGAAGAAAGGGGAAGUGGAGCGGAGCACAAGGAGUUUCGAUUUUUUAAAAAAAUGCUUUGUGUGUUCUCGUCUAAUCUCGCCCCUUUCUAAAAUUUAUUUGUUGGUGUGUGUUUUACUUUCCGUAAAUCUACCAAAGCCAGGGUUAAGGGGUUUUCUCAGAAUGCUGGCGGGCGUGUGUCCCAUUGGUGCAACCCAAAUUCCCCCCUUCCUGCAGCUCAUGGUGGAAGGUGGGGAGGGGUGUUGGGGGGCAGGAUGAUCAGGACCAGAUCAGGCCUAAAAUGGUUGGUGACCUUGGCUGAAACAAUGACCUUUCAGAGACCCCGGGGAGUCAGAAGGGAGAAGGGCAAUGCUAAAUGACUCAUGCUAACAACUUUUUAAGAUAGCAUCUCCUCAAAAGGCUUUUUUAAAAAGGGGGCGGGGACACAACUGUGAGCCAAUGAUUGCUCAGACAGGACUAGGAUGCUUUAAAAAGGGCCUUUUGGAGCAUACGUUCAAAUUCUCCUCCAGUUAUGGGAUCCUGCCUCUUGGGUGAUUUCCGUGGUUGGAUGCCCAUGAACAGCCACACUGUCUAACAGAAGCAGAGCUCUGGACAAGUAUGCGGAGAGCUAUCGGAAAGCAGAUCUUGUGUAUUGCAUGGUCAUGCCUUGUUAGUUAUGGGUACAGCCAAGCGCAGGAAAAUGAUCACAUCUUCCCCUGGAAUAUAGGAUAUGGGGGGGCCAGGGGGGACUAGGACAAAGAAACACCUCAAAGUGGAGGGCAAAAAAGCGCCAUCAACCAUGAGAAUGGAAGAUAAACUAUAUGGAGAGUGGGGAGCUUUUUUUAUUCAGUGAGUGGGAUUUGUGGAAGGCCAGGAGCAUCUGUCCACUGGGUCAUGGAGGCAGAAAAUCACCUGGCAGGGAAUCUGCCAGGAUCAUGGGAUGUCCUGUGACUAAGAGAGAGUGGUGAUCCGAAAUAAGGCACAUUGUCCCAAGCAUGGUCUGGAUCACCACAAUACGCAGCGGCAAAGUACAAGAAGCAGUGAUGGCCACCAACUUGGAUGGCUUUAAAAAUGGAAUGUCAGAAGAACCUGCAGGAUCAGGCCAAUGACCCACCUAGUUCAAGGAGGACACGAGCCCAAGAGCAACCCCUGCCCCAUUCUGAAGCAUGGCUGCCUGCACUGGGGGAGGCAGAGCAGAGGCUUCCUGGCUAACAGCCUUUGAUGGCCCUCUGAUCACUACAAGUAAUUUUACCAUAGGGUGACAUACCUGUUUUUUCUUAUCCCCACAGUUAAAAAAGAACCUUUAAAAAUAUAUAUAACAUAGGGUUACUUAUUUUCAUAGGCUCAAAAGAGAUGCUGUUUCUUGAUCAACUGCUUCACACACAGUUGCAUAAGAAAAUGAAAGUAGCUACAAGAGCAAGCUAAAGUCUUAAGUUCAGCUCAUAAUAACCAGGGACAGUGCAAUCUAGCAAUGCAGUCUUACUGGGUGACCAUGGACCAGUCGCUCCUUCUCAGCUUAGCCUACUUUGCAGGCCUGUUGUGAGGAUAAAGGGGCCCGGACCAUCCUCUCUCCUUGGAGGGAGGGCAGGAUAAACUCCUUAUGGAUUGGUUUUGAUGUGCAGCCUGCCCUUUCCCACCAACUCAGAGUGGCCAAUAGCAGCAGGUGUUGUCGUUUUAAUGUAAGUAGUUCUGUCUCUAAGGGGCUCUCCAGAGAUUUGGGCAGGGGGACAUUCCCAGUCCUCCCCACAGAUACCAGGGGCUGGCUCUGGACCCUUCUGCAUGCUAAGCAGACACUCUGUUGCUGAACUAUGGGCUUCCCAAAGUGCUGUCAGAGUGGAGGAUGGCUUUGCGUUCGGUUUCCAGCUGUUGGGAAGCCUUGGCCAAAAAUUGCUCUCAAUUCUGAAUGCAAAUGCCACAAGAAAACGGAGCUAAGAGCUUGCAGCCAAAGAGCUGAUAGCUUAGCUUGGAUCAAUAUGUCCAUUUCAGCCAUGGUCACUUCCUGGCUCUCACCGUGUCCAUGGGGCGGCCAGCUUGCAAAGGCUGCAGCAGCGGCAGCAGAAACCACAGCCAAGGGUGUCAUAGAAUCCUGACUGAUCCGCACAGACCCUUCGUGCUCCACCCUGUGCUCUGCCCACUCUCCCUCUGUGAGCAGCAGACAGUAACUGCUGCUGGCUGCCUCUUGACCCCAGGCUACGGUUUCUUCAGCUCCCCAUUUCUGCAAAUCCACAUCUCCUUCUGUCAUCUGCUCCCUCCUUCAAAGGACACUGCCAGCUUUAUUUAUAUAUUUUUAUAAAGGUAUUUACAAGCAAGUUAAUAGUAAAAAAAUAAAAUAAAAUCUCUUAAGCAGUGUACAGUCUGAGAAAACGACAACGCAGUAUAUCAUUGGAGCAAAAAUGCAAUGUAAAAACCAAUAAAACAGCAAUAUGAAAACAUGUAAAAGCAGAAAAGCAAACAAAACAGAGUGCCUAUGCUUGCUUUGGAGGGGGAAUUUUCCUUAGUUUCCCAUGCUUGAUGGUGACAAUCCUGGCCCCGAUGGACCAAGGAUGUCUUUCGUUUUUCUCUUCUCCAUCUUCAAGAGGCUCUUAUUCUUCAAACAUUUUUGUUCUGUCUCCAUCAACCCAUCCUUCAUUUCCUCUUUCCAUUUCUUUUUUGGAAGCUGCAAUUAUUGCCUUCCCCUCUGCCUUCUGUCCCUGAAGUGCUGGCUUUGACCUAUAAAGCCUUAAACAGCUCAGGACCACAAUACCUCAAGGACUGCAUCUUUCCAUAUGAAUCUACACAAACCCUGAGAUCAUCUUCUGAGGCCCUUCUUCGUGUGCCGCGUCCUCGAGAGGUCUGGAGGGUGGCAACACGAGAACAGGGCCUUCUCUGCAGUGGCUCCCCAUCUGUCGAAUGCUCUCCCCAGGGAAGUUUGCCUGGUUCUGUCAUGAUACACUUUUAAGCACCAGGCAAAAACAUUCCUUUUUAACCAGGCCUUUGGUUGAUCUGAUUUACAUCCUAUGCCCUUUUAAAAUAUGUUUAUUUUGGUUUCCAGCUGCACAGGUUAAAGUUAAUGAUAGAUUAAGAUUAAAGAUCAAGAUCAGAGAUGUUUAAAGAAAUGGAAAUUUGAUAUUAAAAGGGAAAAUUUUAAUGUUAUAUGAUAUUAAGAUCAAGGAUUAGGUUUAAAAAGUUGAAGUUAUAUAUUUUAACAUUUUAUUAAAUUAAAGAUUGGGAUUAAAAAGUGGAAAAGAAACUGCUGGACAAAUAAUGUGGAUUGGAAUACAAAAGAGGGAGGUAUGAGGAAGUCCAGAAAAUAAGUAAUUUAAAAUUGGAAAUGGAAAAGAGAGUUUGUUUUUAAUUGUUAUGCUUUUUGUUUUUUAUGGUUGAGUUUUGUAUUGUCUUUUGUGUGUGUUGUUCUUUUUCUUUUGUUGUUUAAAACUUUAAUAAAAAUUAUUUUAAAAAAAAUAUGUUUAUUUUGGGGGGGGUGCUAUUGGGUUGUUGUUUUUAUUUUUAUUAUGUUUUUGUGCUUUUAUAUUUUGAUUUUAUUCUGUGAAUCGCCCUGAGAUCCCUGGGUAUAGGGCAGUAUAUAAAUUCAAAUAAUAAUAAUAAUAAUGUCCCCCCCAUCCCACCCCUUUAUCUUGACUGACUCAGUGCUCUUAAUGGGCUCAUUUUGCAUUCCACUCCAUCUCGGGUCUUGGGGUGACUAGGAGCAGUUAAAUUGGUCUGUGUCCUUUCAAGGGCUCACAUUAAAAAUAGAUCCCAUAAAUUGGCCCAGGAGGAAAGGGAGAGACAAACAGAGGGGAGAAGGAAUUAAAUCCUGAAUUCAGCACCAAGUGUCCCACACACACCAAGCGUCCCACAGUAUGGCUUCAUCCCCAACCUCCCAGUAUUAAGUAGGAAGGUCUAAAGGGAGGUUCUCAAUGUAUGUAUUCUGCUGAAUGUGCAGGAACCCCAGUUACGCAAGUGUUCCCAAUCAUGGCAGGGAGACAAAGUGAAUUUAGCUGAGUUGCCUUCCAGUCCUUCCCAUGAAGGAUCCAGAUAUGGCCUUUGGGGGCAGGGCUGGUGUUCGUGGCCCUGCUCCCUCUCUUUGCAAGCUGAAUUUCAGAACACCUGAAGAGGGCUUGCAACCAAGCAUGGGACCCCCAGGGGGGACUGCCUGUACCUGCACGACAGGUGUGUGUAGACAGGUGGGAAUUCAGAUGGGCACAUGAGCAGAAAUUGCACAUUCGUGACAUGCUUCAGGUGGAAAUCAAUCCAGGGAAUAGAAUUGGUAUUUGCUGCUGUGUUUUCAGCAUGACAAUGCCACAGGAUUAGGCCACUUCUUUAUCCCCAUUUCUUACAUUUUACUGGGCUUUCAUUGGUUCCCUUUCUGCUCUGGUGUUCUGUAUUCAUCCAUCCAUUCAUCCAUUUCCAGGACCAGCCCCAUCCUUCGUCAGAGGGAGGCAGCAGUCUCCUUCCACCCCCUAAGCACCCUCUGCUCAGCUUCUCCCUCAGGGCACGGCAGAGAAUAUCAUCCCUCACGGGUGUUGAUGUGGGAGACUUCUCCCAAUUGUAUGGGAUUCUCAGGGACUGCAACUUUUGCAGACAGCUCCACGGGCACAUCUGCAAAUCAGAGAAACUGUUGUGGGCACUAAACAAGCCUCAGCCCAACACACGCCAUAGCCUGUUCCACGGGCUGGGGCAAACACACUUGGCUCAGGGGGGAGGGGACACAGGGAGGGAAGCCUGUGGGUGCCAGAGAAGGCGGGUGCCAGGCAUGCCUGGUGCCAGGGAGGAGGGGCACCACUUGCCCUUCACCUAAAGCAGCAAAAUACCCUGGGCUCCCAUUCUAUCUUGUAUUUUCAAUUGGUGGGUUGUUGUUUGUUCCAGUUUAAAGCUAAAGAGGGGGCUUUCCCUGGAAAGGAGUGAAGCAAGGGGGAAACAGGUCAAACCUAGAAAGUGCUGGUCAACCGGAAAGCCGCUUGGACACCCCUCCCCCCCAUGCUUUCUAGUGUGAAUGAACCUUGAAGCUGCUAACCUAACCAACAUCUACUUACUCAGAAGUAAGCUGCAUGGAAUUUAAUGGGACUUAUUCCAAGUUUAGAUUAGGUUAGGACUGCAGUCUUAGUAGGUAAGAAUAUAGGAAUCUGCCUUAUAUUGAAUCAGACCAUUGUGUCCAUCUAGCUCCAUACUGUCCACACUGACUGGCAGUGGUUCUGUGUGGUUUCAGGCAGGAAGUCUCUCCCAGUCAUACCCAGAGAUGCUGGGGGAUUGAACCUGGGACCUUCUGCACCCAAAGCAGGUGCUCUGCCACCCCAUAGCUCACUCCUUGACCCACAAUGUAAGCACAACCAAGUUAAAAGUUUUUCAUACCCAUAUUCAUCUGCAUUUUAUUUCGUGUAAAAACUAGCGGGUUCCAUAGUGCCAAGCUUAAAGGCUGAAAAGUACACAUCUAGCUUUCUUUUGCUUUUGUAAAUUAUAAUCCCUCUAAAGAGGCCUUGUAAGAUCUGCUUGCAACGGCUCAGGAUGAUCUGGUUAGCAGCUUGUGUUUGGCACAAUUGGUAAACCCUCUACUUUGAAAGAGCAGAGCUAUUCUAUUAAAUGUUAUAUUUACAAGAGAGAGUUGGAGUAGCAGGGUGCAUGGGUGUAGCCAAGAGGGGGCUAGAGGGCAGCUUCCCCCCCCCAAAAAAACCAGGGAAAUAAAUAAAAAUGCUUAACCAGCUGACCAAUUGUGUUGCAGGUAGCUCAGUUCUGCCCACCCCCUCAGUCCUGGCUAUGCCUAUGGCAGAGCGGCUAAGAGACUGAACUCGAAAGCAAAAAGGAUCUGGUUCAAACCUCAUCCCUGCCAUAAACUCACCCCGUCAGUGGUCUCAUCUGCCAUGUGGACAGAGUGUGAUGGUCGCUCCUCUCCCCCAGGGCUGCUCCUCACUCCACUCCUGCGCGCGCGCGCACACACACACACACACACACACACACACAGACUUUUCUUUUCCCUGCACUUUGGGUGAAAGGAGGGCUGCAGCAGAAUUAAAGCAGAUCCUCUUGGCUUGUAAUUCAGAGGCAAACUGUCUCUCAGUGGAGCAACGCAGCUGGCGUGGGGCAACUGAGCUCCAAUAUCACAAGAAAACCAAGAGAGAAAGAGAAACCACAAGGAACGGAGGAGGCUCCCUGGGGAGGAAAGGCGGCAGUGUCUCAGGCUUUUUGGUUUGCUGAAAAUGUGAGUGACACAAUAGAAGUGUGGAAAAUUAUGUGUGGAAAAAGUGUACAGAGAAGAGCCCCCCCCCAAACAACAACAACAUGGGGACACCCAAUGAAGGUGAUUGCUGGAAGGUUCAGGACAGAUAAUAGAAAAUACUUCUUCACACAGAGCAUAGUUAGUCUAUGGAACUCACUGCCACAGGAGGCAGUGAUGGCCACCAAUGUGGAUGGCUUUAAAAGAGGACUAGACAAAUUCACGGAGGACGAGAGGGCUAUUGAUGGGUAGGAGCCAGGAUGGCUCUGUUCUUCCUUCACAGUUGGAGGAAGCAAUGCUUCUGGAUAGCAGUUUCAGAAAACCACAGGAGGAGGGGAAGAGCACUUGCUGGUUUCCCACAAGCAUCUGGUCAGCCACUGUGAGAACAGGAUGCUGGCCUUGAUGGGCCCCUGGCCUCCUCCCCAGGCUGGCUGCACCUGCUGGCAUGAGCCAGACCAGGCGCCUCUUCUGCAGCCUGAGCUGGCAGUGCAGAAGGACAAGGACACUGGUCUCCAGUUUCAGCCUGAACUGAGGGGGGGGGGCGGAGGGAAUGCCAGUGUGUACUUCACUGCAUGUUUGAAAGGAUCCAAAUCUGUCGAUUCAGCAGCUCCAUCGCUUAUCUGAUGAGCCCAGGGAUGCAACAGGGACCAACCAAGAGAUAUUUGUUUUGCAGCACAGCCAAUGCCAGAGAGAGAGAGAGAGAGAGAGAGAGAGAGAGAGAGAGAGAAUGAAUGCUAUUGCUGGUGGAAAAUUGCCAAGAAAGCCAACUGGGAGUUGAAAGGAAUUGUGAGGAGGCGGGGGGGCAGGUGGGGGGGUAAGUGUUUAACCCACCCAGCGAGAGGGAGGGGGAGAGAUAGAUAGAUGAUAGAUAGAUAGAUAUUGAUAGAUAGAUGAUAGAUAGAUAGAUAUAGAUAGAUAGAUAGAUAGAUAGAUAGAUAGAUAGAUAGAUAGAUAGAUAGAUGAUAGAUAGAUAGAUAGAUAGAUAGAUAGAUAGAUAGAUAGAUAGAUAGAUGAUAGAUAGAUAGAUAGAUAGAUAGAUAGAUAGAUGAUAGAUAGAUAGAUAGAUGAUAGAUAGGUAGAUGAUAGAUAAUAAAUGUGACAAAAGGCUGUGACCUCAAUUUUAUUUUGUGCUGAUUUUUCUCCCUCCGUUUUGAAGGGAAGGAGGGAGGGGGGAUUGUAGCAGACAGUGGCAAGGGAAGGAGAGCGAUUUCUCAGCUGCUGGUAAAGAAUCAGCCUGCUCCUUUUGCUCGCAGAGACCCCAUGGCCAGCAAGAGCUCGUGCAUGCAAGCAUGUGGCAGCCAGAAUGAACAACCUCCCAAGCAAGUUUCUGAUUUGCACUUUUGUCAUUUCCCUCCUUCCCUCUUGGCUUUCUUCCCCACCCCCACCCCUUUUUUCUUUUCUUUAAAAAAAAUUCCUUUCUCCCAGAGGAAUGCAGGAAGCUGCCUUGGACUGAGCCAAUCUGCUUGUCCACCUAGGCCAGGUGACACAGCCAGCCAGCCAGCCAGCCAGCCAGCCAACCCUCCCUGGAGAUGCUGGGGGGUUGGACCCUGCAUUCAAAGCAGCAGCUCUCCCCACACCCCACAAGGCUGUGUUUCUUCCAUGGAUGAUUCAUCCCACUUUGAAAGCUUUCCUCAUGGAUUUGCGCUUACUCUGCUCAGUUUGGCUUCUGAUGGGAGAGGGCUCUGGCACGUGAAUCCUGCUUGUGAGAUUCCCCUGGAGGCAUCUGGGUGGCUACAGGGAGAAGAGGGUGCUGGUCUAGCUUGGCCAUUGGCCUGAUCCAGCAGGCUCUUUUCAUGUUCUUUGGUUGCAGCUUGGGGCGUGGGGGGGGCACUGUGAGAAGAGGCUGCUGGAGUCCAUGUGUGCCUGGAGAAGCCUGAGCGUUGGCCUCUGCUGGCUAGCAAAGAGGACCUGGCUCUCUAAAGAUGGAUGGCAGAGCAGUGGACAUGUCUGAGGCAGGUGAGCAUUAAUUGUCUUCUUGACCCGGGGAAUUGAAUAAAUGCUAAUAAAUGCCACAAAGGCCGCCAUCCUCUCUUUAGCACUAGCAGGAAGUCUGGAGUGCCAUCCAUCACUGACAGGGGCGGGGGGGGGCAUAAAUUGUAUCUUUAGCCAACUGGCCGACACAGGAAGGAUGGGGAGAAAACAAGAGCACAACUUUCACCUCUUUUGCGCAGGCGACAAAUUAAUUCUCUUUGGGUCACUCAGGGACAGCCCUCUGGGAAGAGGCUGCUUGCAUCCUCCACUCAGCUGACACUUCAAGAAGCUUCUCUUCCUCCCUCCAGCGUCCGAGGCAGCCUGCUUCUCCAUGCAAGUUGCUGGGCAGUGUGCCCUUGUGCAUUUUGGGCAUCACAAUAUGCAUUUUCUGGGCAAUGGUGAGAACCAGAUGCUGGCUAGAUGGUCCCUUGGGCUGAUCCUAUAGCCAGGCUCUGCUUUUGUUCUUUCCCAUCUACACCCUAAACCUCAUGGAGGCAGCUCUUCAAAGGCGCCCAGUCUGUUCACUUGCGUUUUGUUCAUUUCACUUUAAAUACUGUGUUUAUAUCCUGCUUCCUUAAAACUAAAUAAAUAAACCAAGCACAACCACUUGAAGCAACGUCUGGUGAAAAUAGUGGCAAAAAUAAAAGCAACAAUUGGGUAGCUGCAAAUGGGUAGUUAAAAUGACAAUAUUAAUACAUUAACUGUGUAACAGUAUUAAUGAGCAGCAGUUCAAAAUGAAAAAGAAAAUGACAGCAAGAGUAUUGCAAGUUUAAAACUGCAGAUCAUACUUCAAAAGCUGACAGGAGAGAUUUCUAUAAUCUAUAUUAAUUGGCUCAUCUGGAAGAGAAUGCCAUGAUCUGGCCACCACUACGGAAAAAGCUAUAUCUUUCGAACCCAUCGCCUUUAUGGUCAAACCAGCUCUUUUGCCAGACAGUUGCCUAUUGACUCUCUUCUGCCCGCCCCCCGCUGUUUCUGCCUCUUUCCCAAUGCCCCCCAGGCAACUCCGGUUGCCCUGGUGGUUCUGGCUUUCUCUGAGAAGGCCUCCCCUCCCUCUCAUCUCUCGAUCACAGCAAUGUCUGGGUCAGGUUCCUUCCCACCCUUUAGAAACAGGCAAAUUUCUGCUCUCAUGCUGAGGCCACCCAUCUCAAGGUUUCCCAAUAACAAAAUACAGCAGUGCCAUCUUAUGCACGACUACUCAGAAGUAAGCUGCAUUGAGCUUAAUAGGACUUAUUCCCUGGCAAGUGAGUACAGUGGUGCCUCGCAAGACGAAAUUAAUCCGUUCCGCGAGUCUCUUAGUCUUGCGGUUUUUUCGUCUUGCGAAGCACGGCUAUUAGCGGCUUAGCGGCUAUUAGCAGCUUAGCGGCUAUUAACGGCUUAGCGGCUUAGCGGCUAUUAACAGCUUAGCGGCUUUAAGAAAAAGGAAACAAACUCGCAAGAACUCGCAAGACAUUUCGUCUUGCGAAGCAAGCCCAUAGGGAAAUUCGUCUUGCGGAACGACUCAAAAAACGGAAAACUCUUUCGUCUAGCGAGUUUUUCGUCUUGCGAGGCAUUCGUCUUGCGGGGCACCACUGUAUAGAAGUUCAGCCUGAAUGUUUGAGAUCCCCAUGCUGCAAUAACCCAGUAUCUGGCCAGAAGUUAUAAAUAUUCCUUUGUACUUCUGGGCAUUGUAAAUUUGCGUUUUCAAGACAUUUGGCCACAUUUGCAAGAGAUAUUUGCAAAAGAGGUCUCUUUUCUUUCCUCCCCGAUCCUCUCUGUAUUUUGCACUACCAAUCACCCUGCCUGAUUUUCCUCCUCAGUUUCCCUGGUGGCUUCAGAUAAAAGGCCAGAUCCAGGAAUGUGUAUGGCAGAAUCCUAGGGCGAGAGAGAGGACAGGACCACUUCAGACAGCAAGUGAUGGGCCACAUUUAAAAAAAUAAAUAAAAAAUCCCCUUGAUUGUUGGCAGAGGGAAAUGCACAGCAGAUUGAAAGCUAGUAAAUUAUUAUUAUUAUUAUUAUUAUUAUUAAAUUUUGUAUACCACCCUUCAUCCAUAAAUCUCAGGGCAGUUCACAGCAUAAAAUUACAAUAUAAAAAACACAAAAUACAUAAUAAAAAUGUAUUUAAGAUAAAAACAAAAACAAACCAAUAAUGGGGGAAAAGAAAGCCCAGUACAGUCCUUAUCCUGCUGUGCUACUUUUCUGCUUGUGGGGCUCUUUUUCAUGGUUUUCAAGGUUAGAUGGCCAUCUGUCAGGGAUUCUUUAGUUGUGAUUCCUGCAUUGCAGGGGUUGGACUAGAUGACCCUUGAGUUCCAACCCUACAGUUCUAUUAAUAUAGAUAUAAGGUUCCUAGGUCCAUUCUCCAGCUGAAGAGCAUGGAUGGCACGUGGGCUGCCAUAUCUUGAAGUGCUAAAAAGAGGACAGUCCAAGUCACUGCCAGCCCAAGCCGGGGAAAGAGGUGCUGGGGAGCGCUGAGCUGCCUGAGCCCAAGCCCCCCCCCCAACCCCCAAAUCCAGACAUUUCCUUUAAAAUGUAAAAAUCUGCCCAACUGGGCAUGUUGGCCCUCCCAAAGGUGCCAUGUCUGGGUUUUCCUGGCAACCCUAACAGAUGUGAAAUCUGUGGACCCACAGCAUGAAUGGGAAACUGGUGGCCCCCCUGAUUUGUUCACUUACAUUGUAUGUUUUUAAAUCUCUAUCUCACCUUUUGUCCAAGGAGCCCCUUGGCUCUCCCCCUCCCCAUUUUAUUCUUGCAGCAGCCCUGUGAGGUAGGCUGGGCUCUGAUUGUCUCAAGGUCACUCAGUGAGUUUUAUGGCUCCAGCCCUGUAACCCUUACACCACACUGUCAGUGCUGUUGGAUGGUGACUCCUCACCAUCCCUGGAGCUGGAGCUGAUGAGAGCUGCAGUAGAAAGCAUUUGGGAGGCACCAGGUUGAAGAACAUUGAAUUAGAAGGCGGCUUCUUCCCAUUCUAGCAAAGGGAGUAUUAAUUGCUUGACUUUGGCCAUUUACACUAUACAGUGGAACCUCGGGUUACGUACUGUCCUCCUACGAACGCUUCGGGUAACGAGCUCCGCUAACCCAGAAAUAGAUGCUCCUGGUAGCGAACUUUGCCCCGGGAUGCGACAACAGCUCCCAGAAAUCUACCGGGGGGGGGGGCAUUGUGAAGUAGUGUCAUCUUUAGCACAGGUGAGGCUUUUGCUUGUGUGCUGCUUGAAUUUCAAGGGAAAGACGGUCAUUUAGAAGGUCCUGUGUUUAAUCUUCCAUGGAAGGAUGUUGAUCUCUAACCUGAAACUGGACUAAACCAGACCCUCCAGGUGUACCUAUUUCCCAGGGAUGUGCCAGAUUUAUAGAAGCCGUCCUGGUAUCUUAUUUGAUCCUGGAAUGUCCUGCUCUUCCUUAGGAUGUCCCUAUUUUCAUCACAGAAAUGUUGGAGGGUAUGGAGUUAUCUGACCCCUGAGCCAUCUAAAGGCAGCCCUGUAUAGGGUUUGUUUGUUUUAAAAAAGUUCAGUCUUUUAUUAUGUUUUUUAUAUAUGUUAGGGCAACACAGUCAGAUGAGCGGGGUAUAAAUAGUAAAAUGAUGAUGAUGGAAUAGGAUGUCCCUAUUUUUAUUGGAGAAUUGUUGGAGGGUAUGCUAAACUGAAAAUGAGAACAGAGCAUCAAAAAGUGCCAACCUUUGCCCUCAGCUCGAGGCACCACGAACAUGCCAGGAUUAAACCUCUUGCAUAGCCACAGAGGAAUAAAAGGAUCUGUUUCGACUUUGGAUAAGGAAUGAGAGGGCAACUAACAGGCUUCACACAACACAUGGCAUUGGGGGGGGGAGGGGGGCCUGGCCUCAUGAGCUUGUGGGACGCUCCCCCCAGGGAAGCUCACCUGGCACCUUUGUUACACAUCUUUAGGCUCCAGGUGAAAAUCUUCCUCUUCUCCUAGGCCUUUGGCCAAUUAAAUAAUCUGUGGACUUUUAAACUGGGGGUGGGAAUUGUUUUUAUGUGUAAUUACGGUACGUCUUUUUGUGGUUUUAUAUUCUAAACCGCCCUGUGAUCUUGGGAUGAAGGACAGUAUAAAGGUAAAGGUACCCCCCCCCCGACCAUUAGGUCCAGUCACAAACGACUCUGGGGUUGCACGCUCAUCUCUCUCUAUAGGCUGAGGGAGCUGGCGUUUGUCCGCAGACAGCUUCUGGGUCAUGUGGCCAGCAUGACUAAGCCGCUUCUGGCAAGCCAGAGCAGCACACGGAAACGCCGUUUACCUUUCCACCAGAGUGGUACCUCUUUAUCUACUUGCACUUUGACAUGCUUUCGAACUGCUAGGUGUGCAGGAGCUGGGACUGAACAACGGGAGCUCACCCAGUCGCGGGGAUUCGAACUGCCAACCUUCUGAUCGGCAAGUCCUAGGCUCUGUGGUUUAGACCACAGCAUUACCCGCAUCCCGAUAAAAAUUUUAUAAAUAAAAUAAACAAUAAAAAUAAAUUAUCUCAGUCAGUGCCUGCUAAGCUUUGCCCUUCUAGAGAUUGCUGAAUGAAAACUGCCAUCCUCCCUGGCCAUGUUGGCUUGGACUAGUGGGAGUCUGGCAACAUCCAGGGGGCCAUCAGUUCCAGCCCCCACCUCCUGAGCUGAUGUUACUGGCUCUGCUCUAGAGCAAUGGCCUUUCUCCGCUGGAAGGCUACUGGAUGCGUCCUUUGCUAAGUAGCAUGUGAGCUGCAGCAGUAACAGCUCCCCAGGGAGAUGCUUCAAAAACAGAACACCUGCAGCUCAAGUCCCUUCUCUGCCAAUGGCAGGAAGAAGCGAACGCCGGGCAGCCCAGGCGGGCUCUUGAGGCCAGCAUCUGCCUCCUCCCAUCUCUCGGUUCCCGGGCUGCCUGCUGUCGCUUGGGAGACUCAAGUCACGUGAGGGAAGCAGUCAGGUUUGGCUGCUGUGACUUGCUCUGGUUUAAAUUAAAUGUCGGCACUUUCCUGUGAUUACUUUUUAUUGUCAUGCAGUCCAAUGUGAAUUCUCCCUUCAUCAUUAUCAUUGCUGACAUUAUAUUUUUAUUUAUUUAUUUCUGUUGUCAUCACUCAGAGUCUAGUUCUUCAGGAAAAGCAAGUGAAACAGAGCGGAGCUUGUGGGAUUUAGCCAAGUGGGGUGUCUGCUUAUGCUUUGCUGGGAAAGAGGGCAGAGGAGGACGCUGUUUUGCAUGCAAUUUGCAUGCGCUAAUGUUUAUGUCUGGAUGCAAAUUUAGAAAUAAUAGCUGUGAUUUAAGUGGGGGAAACUGUGACCCGUGUGCCACCUGAGUGUUGCCAGGGGCUCACUCUUGAUGGCCCCCUGGCUCUCCCUUCUUUAUCUUUAAACCUUAGGUCUUUCUUUAACUGGAUUUGGACCCAGCUGCCCUUCCAGUAGAGAAUGGACUCCCCCCGCUCACUGCCCCCAUUUAAAUACAGUGGACCCAUCGCAUGGUGCGCCUGUUAAACAAAUUUCUACCAUUUACCACAGGCUACCUUGUGGGGGUCUUGUGCGAGGGAAACUUUGAUUCAGGGAGUCUCAGGCAAGAGCUGAUCAGACGUGUCGUUCUUCUCCAGAGCGCUGGCAGCAAUGGACCAGGCUGUGCAUUGGAAAUCUUUGGUCUCUAACUAGCUCAUGGAGUAUGCAGGCAUCGGAUUCAGUAAUUAACAAUCACUACAAUUUUCCACAUCACACUUUAAAAAAAGAAAGGCAGCAAAGAUCUGGAAGAAGGGUAACCCCAAUUCUGAGUGAAGAGCAAAAGGGUUGUACAUUCAGUGCAAACCAAGCACUCUUUGUUCACAUAAUUCACUAUGAGAAAUUAUUCUAGGAGUGUUUCUUCCCCAUUCACUACAGUGUGGAAGCUAAAAAUGGCUAUAACUUCCUCCUUCCUUUUAACAUAACUGGAUGAAAUCUGCUGGCGUAUCAGACCCUUCCAAGUGGAUUCCCUGAAAAUGUCUGUUGGCCUGCGGAAUGCUGGUCCGAGCAAUACAGGUUUGCAGGCCCCUGCAGAGCUUGUCAGAGACCCAGGGCGGGAGCCUUCUUGGAAUAAUGUUAUAAACUCAAGUAAAACAGCAGCUGGUCCCUGGCGGGGGCCCCCAUACCAACUUAGCCCUCUGAGGCCUGGGGCAAGUGUACCCACCUGCCCCCCCCCCCGCAUGGGCCUGCUGGCUUGACAUUGGUGGUGGAGAACUUCUGGCCCAGAAAACGGCUCCAAUUGUAGCCCAACUGAGCAUAAUGAGCUGAGCAAAUUCCUGUACAAACCAGGUCAUCGUGAAUUUUGAAUACUUGAGCUCCUAACGUCCCACUGAGAGGGAGAUAUGGGUGUGACCAGAUCUAUAUUCCUGUCUUUUGCUUCCAUCCAGAUGGUUCCCUAGCAGUUAUAAUGAGACCAGCUUCUCACUGGAAAAGUGGGAGGAGAAGGAAACAGGCUGGAGAAGAAUGGUCUGAAGGGGAGAAAAUGACUGGUUCCUUUGGGUUAGCAAAGGCAGCACAUGCACCCCCAAAACAGCACCUUCAAGACCCAGAGUAGAGGUAGCCCAUGUUGUGAUGUUCAGAUAUUGUUGGACUACAAUGCCCAUCAUCCCUUACUGUUGGCCUUGCUGGCUGGGAAGGAAGCUGUAGUUCAACAGCAUCUGGGCGGCCCCAUGCUGGAGCCCACAGGACCACCUCUUGGCUGAAGAUGAUCAUGUCUGACUUGGGACAUUGCCUGCAUGGGAGACCUCUGGGGAACUGCAAGCCAGACACCUUGGCUUCUGUGUGUGUGUGAAGGCUCACAGCUCGAUUCCCUCUUUCCCUCUUUAUUCAUUUUGUCUUGGGCAUUCUAUAUGCCACCCAAUUAGCCAUGUCCUCUGGGCGGUUCACUGCUGUGAAAACAAUGGGAUGCUGCUCCUCUCCAAAGCGAGGCAACGUCAGCGUCACAACACAGUGCUUAGGACAAACAAAGGCAGAGAACAGUUGGCAUUUUUAUCUAAUCCAUUUUAUUGUUGAAUGAAACAAUAACGGCAAAUAUGGACAAAGCCAUAAAUAAUGUAAACUCAAACAAGCGAGAGACACAGAGGAGAAGGGGAGAAAAUAUUUGUAUGGAAGUAAAACCAGCCUGGAGGCAGGGAGGCUGCAAGAAUGAUCAUAGCCAGAGCUCCCCCCCCCAACACUCUCUCUCCCUUCCUCCCACCCUCCCUCUCAUUUCAUCCUUUCUCUCUGCAUUUCCCUGGGGCCAUACUUUUUUGUUAUUAGGUCCAUCUUGACAAAAACCCGGGGAGUGACAGGAAUCUGGCUUUUCAGGGAGAAAUCUCUGCAAGAAGAGACAGGUGGGGAAGAGAAGCGUCUGCUGCUCCUUUCUGUAUCGUCAGCUGCAGCAGUGUCACCUUCAGAAGCCGGGUUCCGUAUCACAGCCUUUCCCCCACUGCCCCAAAGCAAAGCGAUGGUGCAGCCAGUGGGGGCCUUGAAUGGCUGCAGAGGGAGGGGUGAGCAUGCUCUAGCAACCAACCAGGUCUCCUUUGGCUCCAGCAAAAGAAAAUGCAGGUAUUGCAGAGCAGAGAGACACCCGGCUGCUGUGCUUGGCAGAACGGCGCACUGUUGCCAUGCUCCAGCUGUUCUGGUUUUAUCUGUUUUCCAAUGCCUGUCCCUGGUGAAUAGCAAUCCCUCAUUUUGGGCAGCAGAACGAGUAGGCAAGGAUAUAAGAAAGGCUUUGUUCGACUGAUCCGAAGGUCCAUCUUGUUUCCACCAUGGCUGAUCACGUGCUGAAAUGGGCAUAACUGCAGUAGCCCUCACAUGUCCAUAGUCCUCAGAAACUGGUAUUCAGAGACAUACUGCACCGGAUACUGGAGAAAAUGCCUAGCCAAUAUGACUAGUAGUAAUUGAUAACUUAUCCUCAAUAAGGUGUCCUAAUCUCUUUUUAAUGCCAUCCAGGUUGAUGGCCAUUGCUGCAUCUUGUGGCAGGGAGUGCCACAGUUUGCCAGUGGGCCGUAUCCAUACUCAGGGGUGAAUAGCAAGGCACAGAAAGAUGUUUGAAAAUUGGCCUAUGCUCAGUGAGUUGAGCUGGUCAGACUGAACAUUAGGGCAUGCAGGAACUUUCAUGACAGUUUUCAGAGAUUGCUGGACUGCUUUGCCUUACCCUGCGAAUGCCCACUUGGCCACCUCAGUCAGCGCAACUGGCACUUCUACAAAUGCCACAUGAUGUUCAUUCUCCACUUUUAUUAGUGGCAGUCCAACUCUCUGGAACUCCCUGCCCAUUGACAUUAGGCAGCCGCCAUCAGUACUUUUUUCUGCUCUUGCUAAAAGCUUCUACCCAGACAUUAUGGUUAUUUUAGUUUAUAAUGUAUUUAAUUUGUUGGCUUUAUUUUUAUUAAAGCUUGUUUUUAACUGACAUUUAUUGACAACAUUAGCGUAUAUUUUACGCUAUUUGCAAACUGAUUAGAGGUUUUAUUUACAAUUAAACAAUAUAUGAACCCUGUUAAAAUAAAGAAGCAAAGCAAGAUAGCCACAAAUUGGCAAAGAUAUCCCUUGCUUUUGCAUGUUCUUCUUGCAAAUAUGUGAAAACACCAAAGAGGCUUGUGGCUGCUUUGAAGAGAUGCACAGAAAGCUCAAAGGUGGCGGUAACUGGCAGCAGGAGUGUCAGGAACAUGGCCCUCCAGGACCCAGCAGAAGGGUGAGCCUCAGAAAGUGAACAAGAGGCAGAAGGGUUAACUUCAGAGCUAGCAGGUCAUAGGCUGAAGGUUCUGAUGAGGGAGAAGGAGUGGUUUCCAAACUGACACCCACAGCCCUCCCUUCACACUCCUAGCUCAGAUGAAGAGGCAGGGCUGGAAGAGGCCAAGGAGAGGCCAGGCUGCCAACAGAUAAGAGAGAGACUCUGUCCACUGCCAGUGGAGAAGAGCCGAUGGCGAGGUUCUGGCGUAGAUCCUGUUGGAAGCGGAACUCGGAUUCAGAUUAGAGCAUCUAUUGUUGCUGAGAGGAGUGUGAAGCCCCGCUCGGGAUGUUUGUUUCUAUAAUAAAAACUAUCUUGAACUGACAGGAGUCUAGUUACAGGUAGGUAGCUGUGUUGGUCUGCCGUAGCCGAAACAAAAUAAAAAAAGUUUCUUCCAGUGGCACCUUAGAGACCAACUAAGUUUGUUAUUGGUAUGAGCUUUCAUGUGCAUGCACACGAAAGCUCAUACCAAUAACAAACUUGGUUGUUCUCUAAGGUGCUACCGGAAUGAAUUUUUUAAAUUUUGUUUUGACAGGAGUCUGCUUACUGCCAGGAAGCUGGCUAGUUACCAGGGAUUGUUACUGUAUAAGGAGUGAGUCCAACUCACUAUCACACAGAUAGACAAGCCAGCUGACCUGCCUUGAGCUGAGCACAAAACACACAUUUGCAUAGGCAAGUUUGGGAAAGGAAGCUUCACCUUGAACCUUAUUCCUAGGUCUGCACUCAAUUCAAAAUGGGGCCCAUUAUUGGAGCAAGGGAAAUCUCAAAGCAGUUUGCAACAAAUCCAGAAUAAAACAUUACUGAAGGAAGUAAAAUAUAAAAUAUAUCUUCAAAACAACCUAAUGAACAUGAAACAGAAAGUCAAAUAUAUUUAAAACAGCAUAGUUAACAAGGGAAUAAGAUGAUAUCAUGACCAUGGAACCGAUCUGCUGCUGUUGCUUCCGAUCCUGCCAAGGGCGGUUCAUGGCAGGAGAUGGCUGUGGAAGCUCAGGCUCAGUGACCUGGGUCUGCACUAAGAGGCAGACCAGAUGGCCUCUGGCUUCUUCAGAAGCCUCUGCUUGCAACCCAGUAACAGUUUUGACCCAUAACCUGUGGUUUGGUGGUAGGCCAUGUCAGCAUCGCCCUUGAGCCAGUGCCACCAACUGGACUCAUCCACUUCAGCCCCGACUGGGCUAGGCGAGCUGGGUAGCACUUCCAGAGACCACCUUCUGCACAGGAACAGGUCAAAGUGCUGUGAACUCACAGCUUAGAGAUGUGAGCACCGGAUUCACUCCAACAAGAAGACAGUCGUCGCACAGCAGAGUACAGCAGAGUCUAGCAGAGUAUAUAAACAACUCGAAGAGCAGCUCUGUAGAAUAUCUUCUUUAUUCUAUAACUACAACUAUACAAACUAUAUACAGAGCUUAAUAGGUCUAAGCAUAAAUAAAUGCUGCACUGCACUGAGUGUCUGCAGCUGCUCUUAGCAACAACCUUAUCUCUACACACGAUCUCUAACACUCAGUCUCUCUCUCUCUCUCCGACACUGACUGACUCGGUGCUGGAGCAGAAUAAGUAGAGAGCAGAACACGCCUCCUCCUCUCUGGAGAAUCAGCAGACUCCUCAGGAGAUUCUUGGAUAUGGGAGGGGUGAAAUCUCCUCAGGCCAGGCCUUUGACAGAGCGCAGCUUGUCUCACUCUCUGUGCAUCCACCAGGCAUUGCUGGGAUAUCCACAUAGAUGGAACAAGGAUUGUUUUGAUUGAGCAUCACCCAUCUGAAACAUUCGCCUCAUUCACGUGACGUAGAGCAUUCUGAAUGAAAAACUGAAGGAUCGUCCUCUGACAGGUUUAUCUCUGUAUUGCUCAGCUGUGCUCACACCCUAUGUAUCCAACUAUCCUUAGCUUGGAAGUAAUACACUUGUGUAAAUCUGCAACUUCCCUGUUGUCACACAAAGAUUAUGACCUGCAUGUGUUUGUGUGAGUGCACACAUACACAUUGCCAAGCAGAGGCAGCUCCAGAAAAACUAGUUUGAAGUAGUGAAGACCAAUAUUCCUGCAUCGAGCAGGGAGUUGGAACUGAUAGCAUAGAAAUUCAAAUCUAUGAUUCUGACUGUUAAGGAUUCAAUCUGUAUCAGACUUUAAUAAGCUGUCAAUCAGGCAUGGAGGAGAAAACCGGUUGGUUCACUUUUUGCAGCGGACUGAUCUCAUUCGCUGGUCCUGAACUUGCAGAUGGAUCAGAAGACAUUAUCAGUCCAGUUACUAAUCAGAUCAAUGACCUAUUGAAACCCUUUUGGUAUGCAGAGUGAGCAGCUUUUCAGCUAGCAGAGCUGUCUUGUUGCAAGCUCACACAAAGAGAUGCUUGUAGGUAAGAAAAGCACAAAGUGGUUUCUUGCAGGAGAUGCAUGGCUUGGACAGAAUCAGAGUCACAGAAUUGUAGAGUUGGGAGGGACCCCAAAGGUCAGAGAAGAAUACGGCAGCCAUGCUUGCACCUUUAUUCUCUCUGAGGAUAGUUAAAUGCGACUUGCCACCUUGAGGCUUGAGAAGGAAGUGGGAGGAGGAGGAGCAAAAACAUGAUGCAGCCUGAGAGUAUCAGUAUAAACAAUGUGGAGAUAAAGAGGUCAGCUUGAGAGGUUAAAGAUACAGGGAUAGUAUGGGAAACUGGAGGUCCCUAAUCUCUGGGUUAACCCCAUGCAAACCCCUCUUCUUUAAACGGAGUUGCACCCAAACAUGCAACAGUUACAUAUGUCUCCUGAUUUUGUGAUGCAGAGUUGGCCCUCUGAAAGUGUGCACAAAAUAUGUAUUUUAUGUAAAAGAAAUUACCUUAUAAAGAUGUACAAACUGCAUACAUUAGGGUGAAAUGCAUUGAAAAGCAUACCCCCACAAAUGCAUGUUUUAGGUUAUGUUUGCAUAUAAAAUGUAUACAACUUCCAAAAAAAUUUCUGGGGGGAUGAUGCAUUCACUUGAAAAGCAGAAUAAAGUGGAUGUAGCAUUCAGCAAAAAAAAUAAAAUAAAUGGGAAAGGGUGGAAAUGAGCAACAUGAUCCAUCUGUAACCGCAAAUUGGAAAGUUGGGGAGUUAAUGCGGGAACAGGAUAUUUUGGGCUAUCACCUUUGGGAGCUAUCACUGUUAGCCUUCUUCUCUGUUGGCCUUGAUCAGUGGACAUUCAUUUGCCAAUAGCCUCUCCUGAAGCAGCUUGGGAAGGGCUGCUGCCCAUGGGGUGGUAGGGGGAAAGCAGGGAGAGCAGCAGGAGGUGGGAGGGGCUGGCUCCGUCCAGACUGAGGUGGGGGGGUGCUGCCCCAUUUGCCCCAAUGGACCAGCACCACUGGGUAGGGUAACCUUCAGUGUUUCCUCUUUAAGGAACACAGGGUGUUUCUUGCAUGGUUUAAUCUCACAGUGGGCCUGUCUCUGCUUCUUCUGGAAUGGCUGCAAGGUAUGGGGCAAGAGCCCUUACCUGGAGAAGCAGGUGGGAGUUGAUGGUGGCAAUACUGAGCUGCAAGCAGCAGGAGCCUCAGGGCCUGUGGCUGCGGGAUGCUUCUGGGAGUUGAUAUCAAAUACUUAGAUACACCAGUGAUUUUUCAGUUCUGCUUCUACGAAGAGAGGUGGGCAGAAAAGGCUCAAUGGAGCCUCUCAGUGGCAGGAAAUGUAUGGCUGUGGCUCUGGGACACACAAGACUGCUGCAAAUAGGGGCCUGUCAUGGUCUCCUUUGUCACCAUCAUGCAGUGGCAAUGAUUUUCCUGGUUCCAAAUUGCUGCCUAACCAUCUUUGUUUCUCUGUAUUGUGUUGUGUUUAAGUCCCCCAGAGCCCCAGAUUUGGACUAGGAAUGCAACCUAACAGGCUCAGAAUCAAAGAGACUAUUCUUAAGGAGCUUACAGUCUUAGGUUUAUUGGAAACAGGUGGCUAGUUAUGUCCAGAUUGUUGUGGGUAUGUUGGAGGGGGGCAAGAAGAGAAAAUUGCCAUCUGCCCUGAGUGCUCACUGGAAGGACAGAUCCUGAAGCUGAGGCUCCAAUACUUUGGCCAUCUCAUGAGAAGAGAAGACUCCCUGGAAAAGACCCUGAUAUUGGGAAAGAUGGAGGGCACAAGGAGAAGGGGAUGGCAGAGGACGAGAUGGCGGGACAGUGUUCUUGAAGCUACCAGCAUGAGUCUGACCAAACUGCAGGAGGCAGUGGAAGACAGGAGUGCCUUUCGUGCUCUGGUCCAGGGAGUCACGAAGAGUCGGAAAUGACUAACAACAACAAUAAUGUGAAGAUCAGAAGGGCUGGGACAAACUAGUGCUUUCACGAAAGCAGAAUUGUAGAGUUGGAAAGGACCUUAAAGGCCUCCUAGUCCAACCCCCUUACAUAGUGCAGGAUCCGCAAGGCAGGAUGCGCCUGCAGCAUUCCUAAGGGAUGGCGGUCCAGUGAAGGAAAGCCAGCCACCUCCCAAGGCAGCCUAGGCCCACUGCCAAACAGAUUUGCCUCUCCAUGCAGUGCUGCGUUUUAAGAAGGACACGGAGAAGCCGCAGGGCAGGGGCUCAGGAUCGCAAGAUGUCUGAAAACAAAGUCCUACGAGGGAGGAUUGAAAGCACUGGGGAUGUUUGGCCUGGAGAAGAGAAGAUGAAAGGCAGUCAUGGUGAGGGCUGGGGGAGAAAUUUGAUCCAGUUUACAUUUAAAGCUGAACUAAAUUUAUUAUUUAUUGCAUUUAUAUCCCACCUUUUUCCUCCAUGGAGCUCAAAGUGACAUCCAUGGCUUUCCCCCUCCAUAUUUAAUUCUUAAUUCCCCACAACAACUGGCCCUACUUCAUGGCCAAGUAGGGAUUGGAACCCUAGUCUCCUCCUGGUCCUAGCGAACCAAAGCACAGCUGUGCUUCGAAAUUCGCACUCCUCUGAAUUUUGCAAUGUAGUUCUGCAGUCAGGUAAUGUGUACAGAACUGCAUAUACUCUGGGGAUUUGUGCCAAUAAAUGCAUAAAUUAGUGAAAAUAACAUGCAAACAUGCAUUCUGUUGUGGGAAAUUACUUCACCCAAAAAAAGUCAUAUUGUGUGAAAUUGUGUACAAAAAAUUGUAUUGGGAGAAAUUCACGCUAAAAUGCUGAUGAAUUUUCCAUGAGGAGUUCUUUAAAAAAAGGAAAAAGCACAAACUGGCAUGGAAAUGUGGAGAACCAAACCUAGGAUUGAGAAGAAUGAAAAACCAGGAGAAAGCAAAGUCGGGACAGCAGUCUCUCAACAUUAGAAGGGCUUCUCAUGCAGAAGAUGACGCAAUACCCUCUCGUGCUCAGCAUGACUGGGGUGACAUGCCCCAGCCCCAGGUUAGGAAGUCUGGACUGAUCCUUGGAAUUUGGGUAGUCCUGGACCUUAGAAUUGCCCAGAAAACAGUCUGGAAAGGUUUGGGCAGUUUCUAGCUCUGGGAAACAGAAGGAGGAAUCUCCAAGGUAUCAUGUGGAACCUUGGGAAAGGUUGGGAAAACAGCAACAGUUUCCAAAGCCAGUGCAAGAUCUGUGGGAUGCCCUCCCUUUUCCUCAGUGUUGGCCUGGACCAAAGCACCAGUUAUGUUAGUGCAUUUUGUAAUUUUAUAAGCUAUGUGCCCUUGCUGCUCAGCUGAACCGUUGUAAAUGGCCUAUUUUUAUUGAUUCUAGUCUAGUACAGGCAGCGACCAUUUUGCAUGUCUCCGAUUGAUGCGCACACACUUGUCGCUGCCGACCUGGAAAUGGCCGGGAAAUGGGGAGGGCUUCUGCAGACUUUGCCGACACACCCGGGGGGUCAGGAAUGGAUCCCCCAUGCGAAAUGGUCCCUUCCUGUAAUGAUUUGGAGUGGAUUUCUGUUUAAUAAUCAUUCACUGAUAAUUAAUGUUACUGUGUAAUAUUCUAAAUGGAUUAGGGGAAGUGGGGCAGAUUGAUACAGAAAAAUUCAAUCUCAUAUUUUAUGUAACAAAAAUGAGUCAAAUAAUAUUUUUUUUGCUUGAUGCAUGGCAUAACUAAUCAAUAUUAUAAUAGCAAUCAAAAGAACCAUUAAAGUUAGAAGAUCAUGAGAAUAUAAUGACCAGUAAAAAAAAUGGGUUUUGUAUCAUUCUGCCCCACCUAUGGCGCACUUUAAUACAUUGGACGGGGCACUUUGAUACAAAGCGUAAAUUGUAUGAGAAUGGUAAUUAUUUUCAAAAAUUUAAUGAAAAAACAAUUUUUAUUGUGAGAGAUCAUAAUCAGCCUUACAAUUUGUUACUUAAAAUCUAAAUUACGUAUCAAAACUUAACAGUGUUUCACACAUAUCAUAGACUUUAUGACAGGUUUUCUUAACAAAACAUCAAAACUUAUAUUAAUCUUUCCUCAAACACCUAUCCAUUUAAAAAAAAAAACUUUGGAAAAACUUAGAAAGUAUAAGAACUCACAUUAGGUAGUCAAAAAAUAGUAAUUUAAACAAAAUGCUUAUAAAAAAUAAGAUAAUUACUUAACAUUUAGCUUCUAUUGCACAUUCUAUCCACUUAAGUCAAUAGAAAAAGUAUAAAGAGAUGAUGUUUGAGAUGUGCCCUUUGGGAAAUUUGGUUUCGGCUCUAGCAAAACAACAUCCUUGAAAUCAACAGUUGCCUUAUCUUCUACAGUGGGGAAAACAAACAUACAAGAUCCUGGUUUUUUCCUGAGAUAUGAUACUUGAUAAUCGGUCAUAUUAUAUUUAGAAAUGACUUUGGCCACGUAGUAAACAACAGUUGUUGUUUUUUCAAAUUUAAUGAGUUUAGAGAUUUCACGCAAACUUGUAUAUUGGGGCACUAUUGUACAUUAGCUUUUAUAUGUAUCAAUGUGCCCCGUGUCUUGGUGUAUUAAAGUGCCCCGACAGACAUUUUCAAAAAAAACUAACAAUUAUUAAUAAAAUCACUUGUAAUCCUCAUUACUGAGUGGAACAACUUAUCUUUGGUAUUUUUACAUCUUAAGUAAAUGACGUAAAACAGUGUUGGAACACUUUUACAUUUCACGUAAUUUUUUAGUUGGCCGUGCUAAAAACACACCUCCUCUCGUCAAACGCUAACAGCUAACUGGCGGGCAGCACGGGUGCAACUGUUAUACUCACACAUGUAUAGACACGUUUUAGUGAUGUCGCGACACAAAUAACAUUUCUCAAAAUGGAAAUAUUGUUGGUGUAUCAAUGUGCCCCGUGUAUCAAUAUGCCCCUCUUCCCCCUACUGAAUACUACUUUACUUGAUAAAAGUUGCUUGUUUUAAAGUCAUAUUUUUUAUUAUGACUUAUUUGCAUUGGAUCAGAUUUUUAUAAGGCAUGUGACCUUUUUUGUAUUUGUUGUUGCUUCUACAGCUUGUAAAUGGCCUUGUGUAUAGCAAUAUAAAAAGGCAAUGUACAAAUCAAAGGCAAAAAUGAAAUGUGGGCUGGGGACUCUUCGUGGGAUGGAAAAUGCACUUGUCCGUGUUGAGUGGACAAAUGCUUUCCUGGGCCUCUGUUUUAAUGUCCACUUGGCUGUUUCUCGGUCCCAUCCGCUCCUCCCCGUGGCUCAUUCCUGGCACUCCCAUCAGCCUCUCUCGCCUUGGUAUCUCAGCACUGGGGCUCUGUAGCUCUCCACCAGGUGACAGAGGCAACAGUGUUAUCAAGAUGACUUUAAGACUUCUUCACUCUGCCGGUAAUCUGGCUGCGCUCACAAUGUCAAGUUAAUCAAGCUGUAUCAGCGCUCACCUGUCAUUGGAAGUGUUGCUGUGUUGGCCAAGAACACCUCUCCGUGCCCGUGAGUUAUCGGAAGUUAUCGGAACAUCAGUUCUGCGGUGUUCUGACUGCCUGAAGUGUGCUGGGCGAUAACUGUGGCUUAGCGAUGCUGUCUGCAGAUAAACCGAUAGGACAUAGUGAUUUGUGCCCGUAUAAUGGCUCAUGUGAUCCUGCUCCAGAGCUGCAGCGCAGAUGAUACGACACCAGCCCUUUGCAUAAUUAAACAGCAACACAUUAAUUGGGAGGUUAUUUUAGGGGAUGUGCCAUGAGAAUACAAAUCUUUCUAGCAGAAUCAUCCCCUAUCUAAAUUAAUAAAAACUAGCGUAAAGCUGUUUUCAAGAAAAGAAACAGCUUUUUACUCGUGCUUCUGGUGGCCUUGCCGCUCUGUCUUGUCUUGUUGCUGGGUAGAUACACUGUUGGUGGCAGGACUUCACUUCUGCAUGCCUUAGAAGAGCAUGGGGCCCUCCAGCUGUGUUGGACUACACCUCUCAUCCUCCCUCACUGCUGGCCUUCUUGCAUGCGGCUGGUCGGAGCUGUAGAUGAAAACAUCUGGAGGGCAGCAUGAAGGCUAUCCCUGCCUUGCCCUCCAGAUGUUUUGAUCUACAGCUCUGACCAGCUUCCUUCUGGCUUCCUUCUGGCUGCAAAUGAUGGUUUAGGCUGCGUUGCUUUCCUCAGCAGAGCAUUUAUGCAACCUGCUCUGUAUUCCAAAACUUGUCUCACAUCACUGUUCCACUUCAAGGUUUCUUCACAGGAAGGUGAGGAUUUCAUCAGAGGGACUGUUUCAUUCAACCGGGUCCUCUCACCCUUGUUCCUGGGCCAUAUCACUCACUUCGUUGGGGUUGGAGAAAGAUAGAUAGAUGAUAGAUAGAUAGAUAGAUAGAUAGAUAGAUAGAUAGAUAGAUGAUAGAUAGAUAGAUAUAGAUGAUAGAAGCUGAGAUUUCAUCUUGCAUAUUAUUUACUUCACAAAAGUUAUACCCAGACGUUCAAUUCAAAUUUUAAAAUAAAGCGCGCACGCUCUCUCUCUCUAUAUAUAUAUGAAUGAAGCAAACAUUUUAAAAGGAAGGAAAAAGCUUGCAGCAGUUGUACUAAAUGAGGAAGAGCAAACUCUGCAUAAUGCCCUGAGAUCUCCGGAUGAAGGGCGGUAUACAAAUUUAACCACUCAAUAAAUAAAAUAAUUUGCAACCAACCAAAUGUCUUGCCAAAUGAAAUAGUUAGAUGUCAGCAAAUGCUCAUGGUGAACAUCCCUGGGUAACACAUUCCAUAAAACAGGACCUAUGACAAAAAAAAGCCCUGUUCUUGGUAGAAGCCGACCUUCUCUUCCAAAGCAGGGGCUUCCAUAGAAGAUGGAAAUAGGCAGGUUCAAGUGGGAGGAAGGGCUCCAAGUGCUCUCCAUCUCCAAGUGCAUAGGCAACAUUCUGGUGGCCACUCUGGGGGUCUGCCAGGCUGGUUCAAAGCACCCAGUUGGCUGCAGCCUAAAAGUCAUCCCAAAUACUCUCUGGAACUCACCUGGCACCAGCUUGGCAUCUUCUCAUCAGUCAUGUCUUCUAGGGUCAACAGGCGUUAUGGGGUACGCAGGAACUCUGUGAAAUGUCUGCCUUGCUCUCCCUCUUGUUUUGUGAGUAUAGCUUGUGUCUGCUCCACUUCCUUCAGUGUCUCUCAAAGCCAUUGGCGUACACAUUCUUCCAAUUUCCACUCUUCCAAAUAAUUAUGGAGGCGUGAGAACACUUGCCAACAAAUCCACUUCAGAUCUCUUCUGAGGCUGCAAAAUGCAUUUAAUGCCCGUACAAGGGCAUUAAUACCCUCAAAUGCUGCCUGUUGGAGGCCUAAUGAACUUUUAAUGCCUUGGGAUUAUUUGCCACCUUGUUGCCUUGGAAAGAUGAUGAUGACAACGACGACAAUAGCACCGUGCAUGUGCAUAGUACUUUGGAGUGUUUUCCAUGCAGCACUGACAUCAUAUCCAUCAUAUACCAGCUACUGGCCACAAUGUCUUUGUCCUACCUCCACGGUCGGAGACAUGAUGCCUCUGAAUGCCAGUUCCUGGAGAUCACAAGUGAGAAGAGUGCUGCUGAGCUGAGGUUCUGCCGGUGGGCUUCCUGCAGGGAUCUGGCUGCCACUGUGAGAAUUCUGAACUCAGUGGCCUUCAGUCUGAUGAUCCAGCAGGGAUCUUCUUAUGUUCUUUGCUUUGCAAAAACAAAACAAAACUGAAAAAGGAAGGAAAUUAAUUGACUAUAGGCAUUUUUGUGUUUGGCAGGGGAACUGCCUUAUGAAAUUAGGCAUUUCAAAGGAUAGCUGUGUUCACGUAUUGUUUCUGAAAGUAUGGAUUUUGUAGCUUUGCAUUUAAACCUGAACUGAAUUAAUGUGUCUCCUCCACCUCUGCCCCUGGCACUUCCCAAUGGUACCAACACUGAAGCGCCAACUUCAAUAAGGCAUAGGUGAUGGUGGACCUUGGGGUCUCAAAUUUCAGCAGUGCCCUGGGUAACGUCAACAUUUGCCCCCUUUCUCUUGCCUUCCAUUCUGCAUCAUAGUUGUGGCACCUCCUACAGCUCCCCUGAGGCUCCAUGCCCAGUGCGACUGAAUGGGUUGUGCUCCUCUCAAUCCACCUCUGGAAUAGGCUGUGGAGGUCUUAUAGGGUUCCCCCUCCUCCUUCGAGGGUGGACCUUUCCUCCCCAAGAAAAGGAGAUCCAGAUCAGCCUACAGCUGAGGGUGGGCACAUUUUCAGCCCAAGGCUUUCUUUGGGGCAACCCCUUAAAGAGUCACGUGCCCGUGUUGGGUGGCCCCAGAGGCAAAAGUAGCCCAGGCCAAGGAAUGCAAAAACUUUACUUUGCAUAUACAUUCGGCUAGUUUCUAAGUGUUCUCCCUCCAGGAAAGCAAAGGUCCUUAUUGGAGUUCGAGGGCACAUGCCAGCCAGGCAAAAGAGAAUGUAGAGCAAGGCAGGUGAGCAGCAUGGCCUGCAGACCUUCCAACAUUACUCUGAUGGAAAUCGGGGCGCGUGUCUUUUGGUGUGGUGCUUCUGCCUGAGUUAAGUGGCUCUCACGGGAGCCAGCUGAUUCGUGCAAGAGCACAGCACCAGUGCAAGCGCUGGCUGCAAGGGGUGGCUCACCCACCUCCCCAAGCUUGGGGGGUGCUGGAGGGGAGAAACAGGACAUGGCUUCUGUAAUUCCAGGACGCCCCAGGGAAAUCAGGACACUUGAAGGGUAUGGGCCUGGGGAGAGAAAGUGAGGUGAGUGGGAAGGGGAGUGUCCUGGAGAGGGUCCCGAGGGGCAGACAGACAAGACUUGAGGGCCGUAUUGCCCCCCUGGAUCUGGGGUUCCCCCACUCUGUCAUUGCCUCUGAGAUGCCUUCCCAGGGGACACUAGCAUGUCAUCCCAAGUAACAUUAAAAUGACAGCAAGUGUUAUUCUGCCAGUUUUCUAUGCUCUGGGAAGUGACUAUGUUUAGAUUAUUUAUUUAUUUUUAAAUGCUGGUGUGCACCUCGCUCUGCAGCCCCCUGCCUGCAGGAUGGAAAUGACAUGGUGCCAGACACCCCUUGCUGCUUGAGUCUGCCAAAGUUACACACUAGAAGAGGGGAUUUUAUCCACCAAACACCAGCUUAGGAAGCUCAUCCUUGCUUCAGGGCCUGGUGGAUGUUGCACAGUGUAAGAACUAAGAGAGAGCGUUUUAUUCUUUGGCUGCCUUUAUGCUAGAUGGUUGUCCAGCUUUUGUUGGCAACUAGCAGAAAAGGGACACUGGACUGAACUCUUCCACCAUUUUGGUUGUGUGAUCAGAGAAAGGCUCUAGCCACGGGCUACUGCAGGGGAUGGGUUCCCACAGGCCCAGGGGCCAAUUGCAGCCCCCGAACUGGUCCUUGGGACUCUCCUCAGGCCACACCUUUCACCAGCUUUGCUUGCACUCUCCUUGGGAAUACAGUGGUACCUCGCAAGACAAAUGCCUCGCAAGACAAAAAACUCGCUAGACAAAAGGGUUUUUUGUUUUUUGAGCUGCUUCGCAAGACGAUUUUCCCUAUGGGCUUGCUUCGCAAGACGGAAACGUCUUGCAAGUUUGUUUCCUUUUUCUUAACACCAUUAAUACAGUUGCGACUUGACUUCAAGGAGCAACUCAUAGAACACGGUGUGGUAGCCUUUUUUGAGGUUUUUAAAGACUUUGGUGAUUUUUGAAGCUUUUCCAAAACUUUCCCGACACCGUGCUUCGCAAGACGAAAAAAAUCGCAAGACGACAAAACUCGCAGAACGAAUUAAUUUCAUCUUGCGAGGCACCACUGUAUGUCCUUGAGACCUGAUAAUGAAUUUGGCUUGCCUGGAGAGAGGAUAGAGAGGUGUGAGUACGUUCCCGGCAAGUGUCCCCGGGGGAAAAUGGGGCAACCCAUUUUCUCACAUGAGAGCACAGACUAUAAAUACAUAUAAUUUAAAAAAUCUCAUUCUUCAAAUCACUUGCUUGAGAUACAAAAUAAUGACCUACAAAAAAGAGGCUUUGCAGGGCAUGGCGAAUGGAAACCUUGGGUCUUAUAUGGACAAGAAAGAUGUUAGAGCCUGAGAGGCAACAGCUGAAGCCCCCCCACCCCAUUCCACACUGCAGCCUGCUCUCUUGGGCUUUGCACCUCAGCUCUGCUCAGCUGCCUUCGCAAUUACUUAUUGAUCAUUUCACAGAACAUAUUCUUUGUUGGUGGGUCACUGAGGCGUGUGCAAGAUGAGCGUGAGAAAAUCUUAUUUGAGGUGGAAGGGCCAUGGUAAUCUGAGAUAUGAAGGGGGGAGAGGGGAGACAUUUGCAUGGAGAUGAUAAUUUGCAGUCCAGCUGAAUCCAAUGCAGAGCUGCUUCUUUUAAUCACUCUGAAGAGAAGCAUUCCCACUGCGCUGCCUUGCAAAAACUGGGUUGCCAUUUGGGGGGCAAAACGAGACGAAUUGUGGAAUACCUGUGUGCAUUUCUCACAUGUGUUUAAAAAUAAGAACUAAAUAGCAACCAUGGUGAUAAGAAUUGUGCUGCUUGGGGAGAGGUGCUUAUGAAUUUUUUCAACAGCAACAAAAUGGGGGGGAAAGACAAUGGCGUACUACUGAAUGACACAACAUAUGAAGUUUGCUAUACGUUGAAAAGCCAAAACUUUUUCAGUAUACAGUGGUACCUCGGGUUAAGAACUUAAUUCGUUCUGGAGGUCUGUUCUUAACCUGAAACUGUUCUUAAUCUGAAGCACCACUUUAGCUAAUGGGGCCUCCUGCUGCCGCCGUGGGAUUUCCGUUCUCAUCCUGAAACAAAAUUCUUAACGAGAGGUAAUAUUUCAGGGUUAGCGGAGUCUGUAACCCGAAGCGUAUGUAACCUGAAGCGUAUGUAACCCAAGGUACCACUGUAUUUUCAAAUAACUGUCGCAGGUUGAACAGCAUCAGGGAGAGGAGGCUAACUCCUCCUUCACCUUUCAUUAGCGUGCCAUAGAACGAAUCCUGGCUCCCCAUAUCCACCCACCCAUAUGUACUGUAUGUAAAUAAAACCUGUUUGUGAGACAUUAUUCCUGCAUUUCACAUAUUCUCUGGUUGGGCCUUGAAAUAGCAGCCUUGCAGAGCCAGCCCUGCCGUUGGGCAGAAGGAGGCAGCUGCCUCAGGUGCCAGAGGCUUGAGGGGGGAGCGGCAGCAACAAGGGGGUGGAGCUGCAUGUGCCCUGCACCGCGGAAGCUGGCCUCCAGCAACCAGGUGUUAUGGGGGAUGCUGCCCCGUCACUAGUUUUGCAAAUCCAAUUGACUUCUGUAUGUGGAAUUCGAGCGGGGGGGGCCUCUCCUUCUUGUCCUUUGCUUCAGGCAGAAAUAUGUCUUUGGCCAGUCCUGCGAUCCUGUUUAGUUUAGCCUUUGGAGUUUUUUCCCCAAAGCAAAUUAUCUGUCUUGAGGUUUUCAGCAGAAAGAGAAUGGUAAUAAAUAGGAACAACAAGAUGCACACACAAAUUGGAAACUGGAACCCAGUAGCUUAGUAGACGGGCUGCAUCGCUGGGUGGAAUUGAUUCAUGCAAGAUUCAGCUCAAUAGAGAUUACAUUUGACAGGCGCACAGAGAGAGGAAAGAAGAAAUAUUACGUGAAUUUCCAGUCCAAGGGCCUAAUGAGGAUGGCUGCUCUCAUCUUCCCCACACCUAUGUACAAGGAAAUAUAUGGGUGUUCCUGGAGAACCUCUGCUUUUCCAGAUGCAAACAUUGGUACAUGCAAAAGAUGAGAACCACAUUUCUGGAAAAGAAAUGAUUCCCCCAAAGCCUGGCAAGUCAGCUCAUUUGUGGUUAUAACAUCCCACACUUUCAAAUAGAAAGGGAGUAAUGAAACUUAAGGCAUUUGUUCCUUUUGUAUAUAUACCUCAAAAUAUCUAUAGCAGAGGCAGGAAACUUAUGGCCCCAACUGCCCUCAUCCUUGGCCACUCUUGGUCUAGAGCUGGUGGCAGGCAGAAUCUAAUAACAUCGGGGAGGAAGCAAGAGUCCCCCAUCCUGGAUCUGCAAGAAUGUCCUCAGCACAAAUGAAACAGUCAUCCUUGAGGCAAAGAGAGAGCCAUGGAUAUUAAGACUUGGGACCAUAUCCUAUGUUCUGUGUGUUUAUGGGUGGCAGAGCUCAAAGGUCCUUCAACAACGGGAUUUUGGUGAUAAGAAUUGAUUAUGAUAGCCAUUCAGUGCCAAAAUACGUGUCUUCCACAUAGGUGUCGUGUAUUCCUUCUAAGAUAGCCAACUAUGAGCUGCUAGCUGGAUCAGGUCCCUGCUGUUCUUCAGAUCCAAAAUGCCCCCCUCAUGCCUGCUCCCUGCAUAGUGGCUGCAGGGGAGAGAGCACCCAUUCACUCCACCCAUGGCUCUUAAGGUGACGGAGAAUUAAAAGUGGGCAUAGCAGCAGUUGGGGAUCUCCAUAUGUGCGCGGCUAUUUCCCAAUGAAGUGAAGGGUUAUGGGUUCCUAGCUGACCUCAGAAGAGCCCUGAUGGAUCCAAACCAAGGCCUUUAUAGUCCAGCAUCCUCUUUCCCACCGUUUCCAGCCUGGUCCCUCUGGAAGCCUCCAGGCAGGUAUGGGCCCUCUCUCCAAGGAUGAAUGCUUCCUCUCAUCCUGAAGGCAUAUAGCAAACGGGGGGGGGGCAAGGGGAUGCCCUCCAGAUGUUAUUGUGCUGCAACUCCCAGGAGCUCUGGCCAGCAUGGUCAAUGGUCAGCAGAAAAGGGUGUUGUAGUCCAACAACAUCUGUAGAGCAUCCUCUUGGCUACCUCUGGCAUAUAGCCGCCACAACCAGUAACUUUCUCCUGCAUGAACUGGUCUCAUCCUCUCUUAAAGCCAUCAUGAAUUGCUGACCAACAUCAGUUCUUGUGCCAAUGAAGUCCAAAGAAAGGAGGUGAUUUAAGGGUUUGUGCCACUGUAAGUGUGUGUGUGUGUGUGUGUGUGUGUGUGUGUGUGUGUGUGUAGGGGAGAGAGAGAGAGAGAGAGAGAGAGAGAGGGAGAGAAAUGUGAGGCAGGAAAGGGAGUUGUUCAGCGUUUGUCGAUGUUGUUAGGAAAGAAAUUGUGUGUUAUGAAACUGAUACUGUUUGAGUAUGCCAUCAUGGCAAAGCUGAUGAAAGAAGGCUGGCCAAAGAUUCAUGCAUUUAUGCAGAACUGGGAAGCCAUUAUGAAUGUUAAGAAAACCAAAUCAAUUUUUAAAAUUAAUAAUACUAAAAGGGGACUUGGUCACAUUGCAGCCCCUACCACAGGCAAAAGUGCUCGUUCUUAAUGUCAAAUGUGUUUGCUGAGUGUAACCAAGUUGGCCUCUGCAACAGGUAAUGACAGUCAGAGCUGGAAGUUAGGAAGAGAAAACAGAGUAUAGAGAUUUGGGGGAAAUGCUGGAAGCAAUAGCUUUGCAAUUAUUGUGAGACUUAAUUCAAAAGCAGAUACAUUAGAACUCGAGGGUAUGACUACUGUCAUCCUUCAGAGGGGACCUGAAUGUCCCAUUUGCUCACAGUCCCUUCGACUUGUCCCCAUACCUAGCUAUCCAGCCUUUUCUCCUUCUCUGCCUAAGCACUCCUUUGCCCUUGAAUAUUUCUGCUGCCCUCUUCCAUUCCCCCACCCAACAGGCCCUUUUAUAGAGAUGUAACAUGAGUUUAGUGCAGUUAUUCGAGCAAAGGUCAGAGCAUCAAUACUGAAGAAGUGUUUUGAGUGUUGUUUUCUAUUUCCCUCCUGAGGUGCUCCAUCAUCCAAGAAGGGGCUUGUCACUAGUCGUGGGCAAGCACACUCUGGCUCUCUCCAUAAUUGGCCCAGUUUUUCCAAGCUUUCCCAAAGAAAGCAGAUAGGAAGCCGCCUUGUGCUGAGUCAGACCAUUCGUCCAUUCAGCUCCUUAUUCUCUCAUCUCAGGGGCAGCUGCUCUCCUGAAUAUCAGGCAAGGAGUCUCUCCCAGCCCUACCUGAAGACGCCAUUGCGGAUUGAACUGGGGAACUUCUGCAUGCAAAGCAGAUGCUCUGUCACUGAGCUACUGUAAGAUUCUAGUCCUCAUGUCUCUGGAUAAAGGGCUGAAUUAAAUAGGUCCUAAGUUCAAUCGCUGGCAUCUGCAGGUAGGGUUAGGAGAUGCUCCAGACUCCUUGCCCCUAUAAAGCUGGGUGACUGUUAAGAAGGAGGGAGGGAGAGAGGAAGAGGGGCAAGGGAUGUCGGGAGUAGAAGGAGAGAGUAAUACAGAGAACAUUCUCCACUUGUAGGGCUAUUUGUACAUCUCUCCUUAUGCGACACACAAACAUCCAGGCACACACACCAUCCAGCUGCUUUGCUAUUUUCUUGCAUUUCUCAAGCCCUCUGUGUAAAAACUAAGGAACUGUUAGUUACUGAAGCUGGGGAGGAUUUUUGUUUGGGGGAUUUUAAGAAGAUAAACAGUCAUGCAAAAGUGUUUCCCCAAUUUUUUGCUGCUUUUUUAUUUCAGGUGUCUUUUGUGACCUUUUGAAAAAUGGAAGCAAUUAACCAUUCAAAAAAAGAAAGCAUCAAAAACAAAAUGAGCACCCCAAGGCAUACCUUUGUAUUUUGGGCAAAUUAAUCUGGAGUAACUACCAUUUUCUGUUUCUGUACCAAACAACAACAAUUAACACAUAUUACAGGCCUACAAAACUGAAGGCAGAGAAGUCCAAUGCAUUUAUUUAUUUCAGGCAUUUAUAUCUAGCCUUUUAAUCCAAUGGAUUUUAGUUUACAAUUGAGAUGGAUCAAUCAGAAGUGAACCGAAACAUCAGCAAAAUUACUAAAUAAACCUAUUAUCAGCAAGCUCAAUAUGGAAGCAGGUUAUUCUUCAGAAUGUUAGGUGGAAAUGGCAAUGAGGUCAGCAUGUGUCACAUGACUUCCUCCGCUAAAGAAAGGCUGUGCAGGUUUUCACCCACAAAGCUGGCCAGGUUUAGGGUGCAGAAAAUGAAAGGAUGCCUGGGUCUCCCCUGAACAUUCCUCAAGUCUCCCCAGGGUGCAACAGCGCACUGGUUGACAACCAAUGAAUUUGAUUUGUGAUGUGUAUAUACUCUUAUCUCAGCUUCCCAAAGUCUAGGAUUAUGGGUAAAACUAGAUGAAACUUGAGUUCCACAACUCUCUCCUAUUUUGUUUUUAAGUUAGAAUAGGUUUGGGGGUUUGGGGUUUAAAAAAGGAAAAAACAAAAUCCCACCAUUGGUGAGCAUCCUCAAAGGGCUUCUACCCUUUGGGUGGUUUCCUCAAAUCUUGGAUUUGAGGGAAACUAAUAUGAGGCAGAGGCUGCAAUUCACUCAGACAGUAGCAGUCCUAGCCCCUGCCUUUCCAUUUGACCCAGGACCAGCUGCAAUGGGGAUUCUGUUGGGGGCCUGCUUUUAGUGACCUUCCUCUCUCUGUCACUCAUGGUGUGUGAGCAGGGGUCUCAUUUUUCUGACCUCAUCCAGUUGCCAGUCAACUCCUUCAUUAAAAAUGGAGGUGGAGGAUGGGGGACCAAAAUGAGUGAAUAGCAAGGAGAAGACAAAGGCAUAAACGUGUUUAGAAAUUAAAGCAUUCCCGCCGCCCUUUGGUUUCACUGCUUUGCAGAUAGCUGCAGGAAUACUUAGCACAAAGCCUGAGGUCUGCAGAAGCCAGUCUCUUAGCAGCAGGAAAAAAGUUGCUAAAUAUUUAUUUGUAAACCCAGAGCCUUUAUCUCUAAACCUGUGUUGAGUUCAAUAAAAUUUUAUUUAGCAGCUUACAGCUGGAGGACUGCACUGGAAAGCCCUGACUCGGGGGCUUUUAAAAAGAAAUCCAAAAUGGAAAUGCAAGGAUUAGUUCUAGGCUACUUUUGCGAUAUCCCUGGGAGUCAAGAUCCACUCUCCUGUUACCUGCGCAGAUCUAGGGAUGAUAACUUACUUGCAUGCCCAUUGAGCUUUGUCCAUUCAUGCUGAAAUCCAUUGAGAUCUAUCCAAAUGUACCAGAGGAAUAAAUAUUCCUAGUACAGAGCAGCCUUACCUGGCCUGUGGUCCUCUAGAUAUUCCUGAACUCCAGCUCCCAUCAUCCCUGACCAUUGCCAGGCUGGUGGAGGCUGGUGGGAAUGGAAGUCCACCUACAUCCAGCAGGACCAGGCGGAGGAAGACAGGUAGAGAGUCCCUCCAAGGCUCACCUGCUAAACUCUGGAGUGCAAUGACACCUCCCUGACUAGUCUUAGCCUUCAUAGUUCCACUCUCUGGGAAUGUCAGGAUCUGCUGAAAUAACUGCUCUCAAAAACAAGCGUUACUAUUUUUAGAGGGGGAAAUGUGCUUUUUAUACUUCAUAAUAAUUUUUGAACAGUCAUCCACACAUCCCAAAAACCUUGUGCCUUUGCCAGAUACGCCUCCUACCUAGGCUCACUUUCUACUUUAUCACAAGAGUCACUCAGGAUGCAGAAUGGGCAAGUUGACCAGAAGCAAAUGUUUUGCAAAUAACUCAUCUCAUCUGUCCCUUUUGCCCCUUUUGCCCCUUUUGGAGGCAGGGGGCCUCUGAAUAAUAAAAAAAGAUAAAGACCCCUGGACGGUUAAGUCCAGUCAAAGGUGACUAUGGGGUGCGGCACUUGUCUUGCUUCAGGCUGAAGGAGCCGGCGUUAGUCCACAGACAGCUUUCCAGGUCAUGUGGCCAGCAGGACAAAACCGCUGGCGCAAUGGGAUACCAUGAUGGAAGCCAGAGUGCAUGGAAACGCCGUUUACCUCCCUGCCGCAAGGGUACCUAUUUAUCUUCUUUGCACUGGCAUGCUUUCAAACUGCUAGGUUGCCAGGAGCUGGGAGAAAGUAAUGGGAGCUCACCCCAUCCUGGGGAUUGCAACCACCAACCUUCCAAUCAGCAAGCCCAAGAGGCUUAGUGGUUUAGACCAAAGCGCCACCCACAUCCAGUUUUGCCAGGUCCCCACGGCAUCUGCUUCCCCACUGUGAGGUCAGAGGGGUGGACUAGAGGAGCCUCUUGCAGAGUCAGAGAAUGGGAGAGUUGGAGGGGUCUGCAGGGUCAUCCAGGUACCAGGCAUCUUCAACCCUUUCAAACCCAGAACCCACUUUUAACUCAAACAUGAAUUUGAGGGCCCAUUGCUUUACCUUUUGCCAUCUAUUUGUGUGGUGAUAGUGCUCCUGUGACCCACCUUGGUGCAGGCCAUGGCCCCCUUGUGGUCCCGGCCCACCAGUGGAAGAUCAGUGAUCUAGCCCAACCCGCUGCAAUGCAGGAAUUCACAGAAUUACGUUUGUUUAAAUUGAUUUUUAUUGAAAUUUGCUCAGACAAAUGAGAAAGACCUAAUAACAAACACAACAUACGUGACAAAUACUGACUUUGAGCUUAGGGCUCGUCCACACUUCCUCUCGCCCCCUGCCUAGAGAGCACACUUCCUAGGCAUGUGGCUGAGCAGUUUUUCAUUUGUCACACUGCUUUCCCCAGGAAAACCUGCUGUUCACUGCUGAACCAGAACAAACAUCAAUCCACAGAAAAACUUACUGCCAUUUGUUCCUAUUCAGCAGUGAACAGUGGGUUUGCAUGGGCGAAAGUGGAACAAGCAGAGGUGUGGGUGAGCUCUUUAUCCCAGCCCCGGGGCAUUUUUUCAGCCAGAAUUCAGUUCUGGCUUCUCUCAGGUGGGCACCAUUGCCAUCCUAAGAGAAUGAGGGAGGUGUUCACAGUGAGUUCUGGCACCUCUUUCUCUAGAAAAAUAGCACUGCCCAGUACUACUGGCUGAGCCACAGAAAGAAAAUGGAAGCAACCAACCAGAGGACCCAUAAAAGAGGUAAGAUAUAGAGCCAGCCUUCUAGAAGAGCAAAGGGAUUCAUGAAUGUGUAAGCUAAAGGCCAAAAGUGUUCAGGUAUAAUACUCAUCCAUAAUGGACGGUGGAGAUCUCGGGGGAAGAACUGCUUUCUUUUGUUGCAAAACAAAUCCAACAAGUGGAAAUCAAGAACCUGUGAUGGAUGUUUUGGAUUUGACCCCUCCAAGUUGUCUGUCACAUUCUUCCGCUACCAACUGGCACUCCUUAUUCCAGCAUCCCUUUAGAGUGACAUGGGAGUUAGAUCUCCUGCCUGGUGGAUGAGUAAGUCUUUCUACAACACAGUUUGCAUGGCAGCCUUAACACAGGAGAACAAGGGUCCCUCCUCCCUUCUUUGCCUAUCCCAUGCCUCGCCAGCCCAGCCUUCUCCAAGCCACUCCAUCUCAAGCCACCUUAAACUUUUAAGUCUCUGCCCUUGCACUGCUGAGGUUUGCUCAAGUCAAUGGUGAGAAACUUAAGAGAUGCUCAUGCAGGCAGCUGGUUCAAGGGUAAACAUCAGAAAUGUAAUUUAUGAUUGUCUUUUAUUAGCUGACUCUGAAAUGCUGCUUGGGGAUUUCUCCCCCCCCCCUUUCUUUCAAAUAGAAAACAUCCUGCCCAAACUGUGCUCCAUCAGCUUAGUUAGGCUUCUGUCCUCACAGAGGACUCUUCCCAGCUUAAGGCAGGUUGUGCCCUUGCUUCUAGAAAGCUGAACACAGAAGUAAUGAGCAGCCAAGCCUUCCUAGCCUAGCAGCAAAGGGGUCUUAUGAAAUAUAACAACAAAGAUAGACAGAUAAAUAAACAUAAAAAAUGAGUUCUGCUAAUGUUCAGCUCCACUGAUUGAGUGGGAGCACAGCAGCAGACCCAACCAUUGAAACUGAGUGUUUGGCCCCAUCCGCACAAUACAUUUCAUAGAAUCAUAGAAUUGUAGAGCUGGAAGGGAUCCCGUGGAUCAUCUAGUCCAACCCCUGCAAUGCAGGAAUCUCAGCUAAAGCAUCCAUGACUGAUGGCCAUCCAGCCUCUGCUUAAAAACCUCCAAGGAAGGUGAGUCCACAAUCUCCUGCAGGAGUCUGUUCCACUGCCAAACAGCUCUUAUUGUGAUGCCAAAAUCCAGCAUCGCCUGAGCUCUGCGAGUGCGGCUUUCUCCCGACUAAAGUGCAGAGUGUUUGAGGACUGGGACAUUCACAGGGAAACCAAAAUGCUUGUUUACAAAGCUAUUGUACUACCAACCUUACUGUACGCUUGUGAAACAUGGACCACUUAUAAACGCCAAUUCCUCGAAAGAUUCCAUCAAUGGUGCCUCCAGAAAAUUUUACACAUCACUUGGGAAGACAGGCAAACUAAUGCCAGUGUACUGGAAGCAGGGACAGAGCUACCUGCCCUGGCACCCGGAGAGGUAAGGGGCGGGGCUAGCCAGCCUGCCGCUCGUGCGGCGAGCAUGGGGGUGCGCUGCUAGCUGCCCACACGGGGAGCGUCCCUAGCUGUCUGCCACCCAUGCAGCAAGCCUGGGGGGGUGCCACUUGCCACCCAUGUGAUGAGCUUCCCUAGCCUUCUGCUGCCCGCAUGGUGAGCGUCGGGGGGGGUGCUGCUAGCCACCCACAGCAGCAGCAUCCCUAGCAGCCCACCGCCCGCGCAGUGAGGGCCCAGGGGCUCCGCCCACACAGCAAGUGGGGGUGGAUGGCGCAGCAAUGUCACCCACCUCACAGCUGACACCUGGUGCGCACCGCACCCACCUUCCUCCGCCAGUGACUGGAAGAAGCAAAGCUCACCAGUGUCGAAGCAAUGAUUCUUCAACAUCAACUUCGUUGGAUUGGUCAUGUUGUGCAGAUGCCUGAUUAUCAUCUUCCAAAGCAACUACUCUAUUCCCAACUUUAAAAUGGAAAGCAUAAUGCUGGUGGUCAACAAAAGAGGUUUAAAGACUUUCUCAGGGCAAAUCUUUAAAAAUGUAAUAUAAACACCGACAACUGGGAAACACUGGUCUGUGAGUGCUCCAGUUGGAGAACAGCCUUCACCAAAGGUGUCAUGGCCUUUGAAGACACUCAAACUCAGGACGCAAGGGAGAAACAUGCCAAGAUGAAGGCACGCUUGGCAAACCCACACCAUGAUUAACUCCCACCCGGAAACCUAUGUCCCCACUAUGGAAGGAUGUGCGGAUGCAGAACUGGCCUCCACAGUAAUGGACUCACUGUUAAGACCAUGUUUAUGGAAGACUUACUCAGAUCUUACUCAGCUACAAGUGAUCACCAAAGAAGAAGAAGACUAUCAGAAAGGUCUUCCUGGUGUUUUUAGUCAGAAUCUUCUUUCUUGUAACUUGAAGACAUUGGUGCAGGUUCUGCCCUCCAGAGCAGAAGAAAACCAACUUGCUCCAUCUUCCAUGUGACAGCCCUUCAUAUAUUUGAAGAUGACCACUGUAUCUCCUCUCAGCCUCCUCUUUUCCAGGCUGAACAUACCCAGAUCCUUAAACAGUUCCUCACAAGGCUUGGUUUCCAGACCCUUCAUUAUCUUGGUUGCCCUCCUCUGCACACUUUCCAGCUUGUCAAUGUCCUUCUUGAAUUUAAAGCAGUAUCGUACCACUUUAAACACUCAUGGUGUCCCCCAAAGCAUCCCAGGGACUGUAGUCUUGUUAAGGAUACUUGCAGGACACCCCUAUUCUCCUCCCAGAGCUACAAAAGGAAAUUCUCACACUGAAAAUUAUAGCUCUGGGAGUGGAAUAGGAGGCCUUUGGAACAUCUCUCAGUACCCUUAACAAACUACAGCCCCAUUUAUCAUUUGCCCGAUAAUAAAUGUUGGAAAUGUAAAGAAACUGAAGGUACAUUCUUUCACCUUUGGUGGACGUGCCCAAAGAUCAAGGCUUUCUGGGAAAUGAUAUAUAAUGAACUGAAAAAGGUAUUUAAAUAUACCUUUCUGAAGAAACCAGAGGCCUUUCUUUUGGGCAUUGUCGGCCAAUUGGUGCCAAAGAAGGACAGAACCUUUUUUAUGUAUGCUACAACAGCAGCAAGAAUACUUAUCGCAAAGUAUUGGAAGACACAAGAUCUACCCACUUUGGAAGAAUGGCAGAUGAAGGUGAUUGACAACAUGGAAUUGGCGGAAAUGACUGGCAGAAUCCGAGACCAGGGAGAAGAGUCGGUGAAAGAAGACUGGAAGAAAUUUAAAGACUAUUUACAGAAAUAUUGCAAAAUUAAGGAAUUUUAGAAGGAUGUCGGAUAGAAACUAAGAGGUUUUUAGCUGUAAUGUUUUUAAGAGACAUGAAAAAAAAGGUUAACAAUUGGGUAAAAGAUUAAUGGUAAGGAUUUGCUGAACCAACAAACUGAACUGGAAUACAAAGAAGGGAGGUAUGAGGAGGUCCGGGGAAAUAAGAGCAAGGAAGAUAGGUUAUGGAAAAUUAUUGUGCUUUUAACUGUUUUAUUUUGUAUGUUUUUCCUUAUUUUCUACUUUUUUGUUAUAUCUUAAAAUUUUAUACUUUUUUCUUUAUUCUGUAUUUUCACGUAUUUUUUGAAACUUUAAUAAAUAUUAUUAUAAAUAAUAAUAAAAAAAAACCUACAGCCCCCAGGAUUCUUUGGGGGAAGCCAUGAUUGUUUAAAGCAGCAGCAUCCUGCUUUAAAUAUACAGUGAAGAUAGAGCCUUUGUCAUUGUAGAUGCUCCAUACAGCACAUGCACACACACCCAAGAUUCCUGGGACCAGUAGUGCACCCCUCACAGAGCUACCAUUCCCAGCACCCUUAUCAAACUACAGUUCCCAGGAUUCUUUGGGAGGGUGUUUUAAAUGUGCCUUACAUGUAUGCUGGGAAGGCAGCUUGCAUUCACAAAGCAGACCCAUGCUCCUCCCGUGAUUCAAGGCCCUGGUGAUUUGUACAAAAGUUAAUUCCACGUUAAAUGAAAGGGAUAUCUUUUCCAGUCUCGUGUGUACUAUUCUUUAAAUGGGAUGGUAAUGUUCUCCAUCUGAUUCCUUGGCUGGAGAGAUUUAAGAAGCAACUGGAUGGCUUAUCUGUUGGAGAUGCUGUAUUUACAUCUGUGCUGCGUAUCUUGCAUUGAGCCCAGGAUUAGAAUAGUUUUCCGAGGUGCCUUCAAGCUCUUUGAUUCUAUGUCGCACAGGGAGAGAUGCUGCUGGCCUCUAUCUCUCACCAGCCCCAGCAACUAUGGUCAGUGGUCAGGGAGGAAGGGAGCUGGGAGUCCAACAGCAUCGAGAGAGGACCAGGUUGUCUAGCUCUGAUGAAGCAACUAAAGUGUCAGACUCCGGAGACCCAGGUUCAACUUCCCAUUCAGCCAUGAUGCUUGCUGGCUGACCUGGGAUUCUUUUCUGUCAGCUUAAGGGGAAUAGGAGGAUCAAUAUCCUGCAUGCCACCUGGAGCUCAUUAGUCCACCGGCUUGGGAAGAUUUUUUCCUUGCCCUCCCUAUGUUGUGAUGUUGCUGUCUUGCAUUAUUUCGCUUGCUGAUUGAUUUGUGACAGGGGUGGAGAAGUUCAGGCCCAGGGGUCAUGUGCCCCCCCCCCCGGCUUCUCCCCAGGCCAUGCCCUUUCCCGUGCCACACAGUUCACUCACGCCCCACCUCCCUUCAGUGCUUUUGCCUGGCCCGAUUGGGUCUAAAGUAUGGUUACCAGACAUCCCCGGUUCUCGGGGAUAGCCCCCGGAUUUACCAAUCUGUCCCCAGACAAAACCCAUCCCCAGAAUGUCCCUGGAUUUAAUGUAAUGUCCCCGGAUUAAUCAUAUGCCUGGGGACUUCCAGACCCUCCCCAUAGCCCGAAGCAAUCAUCCGCUACAGCUCCAGAGAGGGUCUCCUCGGGAGCCGGAGGUGCAGCUGGACUUUGCUGCAACUCUUCCGCCGAAACCUCCCUCACCGUCAGCUCUGCAAACAGCCCUGCUCCUCCUGCUUGCUUGAGCCGGAGACACAAGGCUGCUCUUUGGACCGGCAGAACUAAGGUGCAGGGAAGAAGUCUCGCUGCACGACAUCUCUGCAACUACUCUGUCCUGCUUGCUCAUGAGGAAGAAGGAGCACUUUUUCAUGCCUUUAAAGCCCCCUUUGCUGCAUUCUGCCUGCUUGUGAGCUACCAAGCUGGCAGAAAGCAGGAUGCUGCCUUGAGCCUUCCCUUCGCUCUCCCAGACAGAGGCUGUUGCUUCAAAGUUAGGGGGGGUUGUGUUGCCUCUUUUGCUCCAUUCUGCAUGUUGUGAGCUACAUUGGAUGCUUCAUUUUUCUUCUCUUGCACCCACCCCCACUAGCAAAAAAUAAAAGGGGAGGAAUGUUUUAUGUUUAUUUUGGGGAUGUUUAUGUUGGUUCCCCCUAAACAGCUUUCCUGUUCCCUUCUUAUUGAAAAAUGAACCUUCAAAAAAUUAAAAUGAACCUUUAAAAAAAUAAAAAGAGGCUACCUCUGCUUGCUUGCUUGCCUCCCUCCCCUCCCCUUUGAUAAAAAGGGAGAGAUUGGUGGGAUGGGGCUUGGGGGGGCACCUUCUGUGUCACAAUAGGUGUAAAUGGAGCAGAGAAGCCUUAUGUUCUUUUAAGUUGUGGCUGCUCUUGUUGAGGUACCUCCAUUGCAGCGGUACCUAUUUAUCUACUUGCACUGCAUGCUUUUGAACUGCUAGGUUGGCAGGAGCAGGGCCCAAACAACAGCUCCCCCCAGCUCACCCCCUCGUGGGGAUUUGAACCACCAACCUUCCGAUUGGCAAGCCCAAGCGGCACAGUGGUUUAACCCACAGCGCCACCUGCAUCCCAGAAGAGAAGAUAUUACUUCUUAUUUUUUUAAAAUAACUUUAUGUGCGCGUGUGCGCGCACACACACACUAUUUGUUUAUUUAUUUAAAGUGUCCCCAGAUUCAUUGGAAAAAAUCUGGUAACCUUAAAGGGCUUUCAUGCAGAAGAUGGCGCAAGCUUGUUUUCUCUUGCUCUGGAGGGCUUUUAAGCAGAGGCUGCCUGGCCACCUGAGAUUCCUGCAUUGCAGGGGGUUGGGCUAGAUGACUCUCAGGGGUCCCUUCCAACUCUACGAUUCUCCAAUUCUACGAAUGGUGAAAAUGCCACUUGCUUGCCUGGAUGGAGAGAGGUUUGCGCAGAAGCAUCUUGAAUGAAGCUUCCAGUGCAAAGGAAAGAGUCAGAGCUCUUGCUCCCUUGUCCUCUGUCCUGCUCACCAGGGGGAUCUGGCCUUUCCAAAGCUGCCCAUGAGAGAAUGUGGCCCUUCCUUUACGCCGUUUGAAUGUACCCUGCUUAACUUGCUGUUUGCUGCUUUAGAAGCCUUUUUGUUUAAAAGUGAUAUCAUAAUUAUUGACAGGUCAGUUGACCAUUGUGCCAACCAAGUUCAGGGAGAAGAAUUUGAACCUAGCCUUGUUUCUGACCUGCUAGUUUUCUGUGGGCAGGGCCUUUUCCUGUUUGGGACAGCCCAGAUGUCAUCCUUGACAAGCAUGCCAACCCAAGUCAGAGAGAAGAGUUCUAGCCUAGGCUUCUUCCUGACCUGCUAGCUUUCUAAGGGCAGGGUUGUUGUUGUUGUUGUUGUGUGUGUGUUUUGGUCAUGCCGGAACAUUGAACACUGCCCACAUUCAGUGCUCCUUAUGAAAUAUCCACCACUGUUUGUUUAGCUCUUGCAAAUGCAGUCCUUUGUAAAUAGUGCUCCUGUUUAUCCAAACAUCUCAUUAUCCAAAUGGUGUUGUGUGUUGUUGUUGUUUUUAGAUGUUGCUUCUGAGCAUCUCCAGAUAAAUGAAGCAUACUGUAAUAAAAGAAAAUAGGGAUAAUGGCACUUCCCUCCCUUCCAAAUACUUUAUGAGGAUAAAUAUAUUCAAAUAUAUUAAUGACGCUGAACUUAUCAGGGAAGAGUAACACAGACAAUAAAGCAUCUGGGAUGGUGACAAGUCAGGAGAAGCAGGAAGAAAUGUGUAUGUUGAGCUUUGGGAAAUGAAGAUUAAGAAGGGAGAAGAGGAAGGUAAUGGCUUUCACACAUUGAAGGGAAAGAUGGAACAAAGAUGGUUUGCUAUUGUCAGGGGGAGGGAGAAACAAAAGUCAUUAGAUUUAUAAAAUCAGGGUCAGAAAGGACCAAAAGACCACUUAAUUUAAUCCCCUGAUGUGAGUCAGGAUCAUCUAACCACACUACUCACAAACAGAGUAGCUGCAGAAAUUUUGUCUAAAGAGAAACUUGGAGUAAUUAUUGGGAAAGUUUGUCCUUUGCACACAUAGGAAACUACUGGACAUUGAGUCAGACCAUUGUUCUGUCUAGCCCAAGGGAGGGGAAAUUGGUUCUGGCACCCAAUCCCAACAGGCCAUUUGGGCAACUGGGUGGGGCUGCCCACCUCUCAGUCACCUGACAUCACAAUGACAUCAGGUGAUAUGUUUUCCUUUGCCCAGGCAGUUUUAAAUCAAACUGUGUGGGCUAAGACACAGGGGAUUCUCUACAACUAAGUUCUCCUCAAAGCUGUUGACAUCCAUCUGUCUUGAGAGACAAUGGGGAUGAAUCCAAAGUGACCUCCCUGAAGCGCAAGUGUGGACAGUGUGGAUUGAGAUCCUGGGCUGCCCAGAUGAAAAGAGACCCCUCUCAGACUCACUGAGGGGGUCCAAAAGAGAGCAGAUCAAUAAGUUUAGCACCAGCUUGGCUGCAGGUGUUGAAGGAAGGAGGUGUACAAGAUGCCAUCCAACCACCUUAGGGACUCCAGUCUGGAUUUGUCUAGGGUUUACUUCUUCGUCUUUUCUUCCCCCAAUGAUGUCCUGCAAGGCAGUGGAGGUUUAGGAUCAGCAUUUACCUUCUCCUAAAUGAGCUACCUUCCCAGGUUGACAUUGCCCCUUCUGCCCCACACUUCUCUAGUACAUACAGAAACCGCCUUUUUGACUGUUGGAUCCUCUCUUGGUCUUGUAACUUGAAGCCGUUGGUUUGAGUCCUUUACCCUCCAGAGCAGGAGAAAAAAGUUUUUUCCCUCUUCCAUGUGACAACCUUUAGAUAUUUGAAGGUGGCUAUCAUAUCUUUCCCCAGCCUCCUCUUUUCCAGGCUAAACAGGCCCAGCUCUCUCAACCGUUCCUCAUAAGGCUGUGUUAUUUUUGUGAGAAUCUGGCAUUCCUCAGAUGAAUCAUCUGAAAACACAAGCCUUGUAAUAUCAAGAGGCGGAGGCUGGAGUCUAGUGGCUUCUCUGCUUCUUUUGUCUAAUAUCCAUUUGAUGCUCAGCUCUUUACCACAAGGAUGUACAUGGAAUUGUCAGCUCCCAAACUCGUCCAAAUAAGGCAGGAUGUUCAUGGAUAUAAUGAGGUGUAGCCUCUCCAGUCUCAGCCUAAUUAGACCCCUUAGACUGAGUUUUCUUUUGCCAGCGAUGCUUCUGCUUCUCUCUCCUUCCUCCUCAAUGCUUUCUCAGCAAGAUCACAAGUACAGUGACUGGGAUUCCAAAGGAGAAUAACAGAGAGAACAAUAGCAGAGGUUUUGCAGGUGUGGGGCCUGAGCUGCAGUGCCACUAAGCAUGUUAGCAUUUUACAUCUGCUGUGGCCAGGGAGGGGCAGAUAUGUGAAGUUCGCCUUCUUGUUUUUACAGUUUUACAUUCAGGCCUCUCCAUUUCAGUAUCAGUUUGCCAAUUUUAAAUUUUUUAGUCCUCAUGGAAAUCCUUCCUUUUAUUGUGGAUUUCUCCAUACAGUGGUACCUUGGGUUACAUACACUUCAGGUUACAGACUCCGCUAACCCAGAAAUAGUACCUCGGGUUAAGAACUUUGCUUCACCUAACUUACCCCUUCCAGGUUAUCAAGAAUGUAUAAAAAUUUGGCAAAUGCUUGUUGGAGAUGUGGAGGAAAUAACGGUGACGUGUGGUGGACGUGUGAAAAGAUUAAGAUGGGGGUGGAAUAUAUGAUGAAUUAAAAAAGAUGAUGGGGAUAACUUUUACUAAAAAAACGGAGGCAUUUCUAUUAAGUAUUUUAGAUAAAGAGAUCCCAAAAAAUCUAAGAGAGGUAUUCUUGUAUGCAACCGCAGCGGCUCGAAUACUUGUGGCCAAGGGAUGGAAAGAUCACGAGGCUCCAAAAAUAACAGAUUGGCAAAUCAAGUUGCAGGAAUUGGUGGAGAUGGCUCAAUUGACUAGCAAACUCAGAGGAAACUCAAAGCAAAAAUUUGCAGAAAAAUGGAAUGGUUAUGGAAGAUAUCUUCAAAAAUACUAUAAUAGUUUUGACUCCGUGCUAGCAUUCGAGUGAUAAAGGAACUAAAAGGAGGUGGACAACAAUUAAGGUUUUAUUAUGUUUUCAGAAUGUAUUGGAAAAUUUAUAUAGAAAGGUUUAUUGUUUUGUGUACAUUCGAUUGUAAGAUAAAAUAUAUGCAAAGGGACUUGACAGGAAGUCAAAGUUGAAGAAAAGAUUUUGUAAGAUAAAAGGGGGAAAAUAUUUACUUUCACUAUUAUCACAUGUGUGUGUGUGUGUGUGUGUGUGUGUGUACAUAUGUGUGUUUUUGUAUGGAAUGUUUGGGAGGAAAUAAGACGGUAGAUAACAAAUUACAAACUAAAUAUUGAUGUAUGUAAUUUUUAUUUCUCUUUUUUUUAUAUAAGAUAUUUAUUAAAGUUUUCAAGAUAUUACAAAACACACCAAUAAAUAAAAAAUACAAAGUAAAAAUAUUUAAAAACAAUUCAUUCCUUCCAUUACUUGACCUUCAUUUGCUUAGUUCCAGGACCUCUUCACACCUCCCUUUUUGUAUUCCAGUUCAAUUAUUUCGUUCAGCAAAUCCCUCCCCUCUUUAUGUAUCCUAAUCAUUAAUCAUAAAAUACUGUAAUUUUAGAUUUUUACAUAUUAAUAAACCAUUUUUUCAUAUUCCUUAUAACCUUUCAGCUAAAGUUCACUUAGUUUCUAUCCAACAUCAUUCUAGCAUUCAUUAAUUUUACAAUAUUUCUGUAAAUAGUCUUUAAAUUUUUUCCAAUCUUCCUCCAUCGACUCUUCUCCCUGGUCUCGGAUUCUGCCAGUCAUUUCCGCCAAUUCCAUAUAGUCCAUCACCUUCAUCUGCCAUUCUUCCAAGGUGGGUAGAUCUUGUGUCUUCCAAUACUUUGCAAUGAGUAUUCUUGCUGCUGUUGUGGCAUACAUAAAGAAAGUUCUGUCCCUCUUUGGCACCAAUUGGCCGACUAUGCCCAGGAGAAAGGCCUCUGGUUUCUUCAAUAAGGUAUAUUUAAAUACCUUUUUCAAUUCAUUAUAUAUCAUCUCCCAGAAAGCCUUAACCUUUGGGCACGUCCACCAAAGGUGAAAGAAAGUACCUUCAUUUUCUUUACAUUUCCAACAUUUAUUAUCGGGCGCAUGAUAAAUUUUUGCAAGCUUGACUGGUGUCAUGUACCACCUGUAUGUCAUUUUCAUAAUAUUCUCUCUUAGGGCAUUACAUUUCAUGCCUGUGGUCCACAACUGUUCCCAGUCAGCAAACAUAAUGUUAUAUCCUAAAUCUUGUGCCCAUUUAAUCAUAGCAGAUUUCACGGUUUCAUCCUGAGUAUUCCAUUUCAACAACAAGUUAUACAUUUUUGACAAAAUCUUAGUAUUGGGUUUUAACAAUUCUGUUUCCAAUUUUGAUUUUUCCACCUGGAAGCCAAUUUUCUUAUCCAAAUUAUAUGCCUCCAUUAUCUGAUAAUAAUGAAGCCAGUCUCGCACUUUAUCUUUUAAUUUUUCAAAACUCUGCAAUUUCAAUUUGUCUCCUUCUUGUUCCAAAAUUUCCCAAUAUUUCGGCCAUUUGGCCUCCAUAUUGAGCCUUUUCUGAGCCUUUGCUUCCAUCGGUGACAACCACCUAGGGGUUUUAUUUUCCAAUAAGUCCUUAUAUCUUAUCCAGACAUUUAGCAAUGCUUUCCUGACAAUAUGGUUUUUAAAUGCUUUAUGUGCUUUAACCUUGUCAUACCACACAUAUGCAUGCCACCCAAAAACAUUGUUGAAACCUUCUAAAUCCAAAAUGUCUGUGUUCUCAAUCAUCUUUAGUGGUAGUAUGGUUGUAAUUUUUUUUGUAACAUAAAAUCAUUCAAUAAAAAUUAUUUUAUUUUUAUUUUUUAAAAAAGAACUUUGCUUCAGGAUGAGAACAGAAAUCGCAUGGCAGCGGGAGGCCCCAUUAGCUAAAGUGGUGCUUCAGGUUAAGAACAGUUUCAGGUUAAGAACAGACCUCCGGAACGAAUUAAGUACAUAACCAGAGGUACCACUGUAUAUAUUUUUGCAUGCAAUUUCCCUUGACACACUUUGGAACUCCCUGCCUAUUGAGUUCAGGCAGGCUUCUUCGCUGUACUCUUUCUGAAGCCUGCUAAAAACAUUUUUUCUUAAACAAGCCCACCCAGACAUGUAGAAUGUGGAUGUGUGUGAUGAUCUGCUGUCAGUUUAUUGCUGAUUUUCUUUAAUUUUUUUGAAUGUUCAAAACAGUUGUUUUAAACAGUUGUUUUUAUUGAUAAUUUUAUUGUUUUAUUCUUUGUGUAAACUGCUUUGAGAGAUUUUAAAAACUCAAGCGAUGUAUAAAUUUUAUGAAAUAAAUCUGCAAAGCAAUUUCCCCUAACGUAAUGCAUUUGUGCAUGAUACUUGCACUAAUAUGUGCUUGUAUAUGCACACUUCGCCCUUGCAUACAAGCCAUUUGGAACACACAACUUGGCUGGAAAACUGCAAUGAAAAUUUGGAGAAGUGCAAAUUUUGAACAAUGGCCAAGUUUCCGUUCCAAGAUUGUUUCAGAAAGUGCAAAUUAGUUAACUUUGCCUUUAAAUGCAAUCUGAAUUGACUUUCUUCCUCAUUCCCAGCCAUGGUAAAACAAGGCCUUAAAGAUGCUAGAGUCCUACCUGCUGUAGAGAUUGUAGUCACAAUUACAGGCACAUUUAUUAAUUGUCUGGGAUGAUCUUUUUCUUUGUCUUGGCUAAUUCCAAGAAGGUGUCUGUUUGUUCUUUUCCCUUUUCAAAGAAGUUUAAUUAGGUUUGUGCAAAGUAAUACCCUCUUAUCUGGAAAAUAAAUGUCCCCAGUGAAUAUCACAAGAACAGAAGGUGUUAAACUGAAACAGAUUUUCCUCUUGCUCCUUUGGGAUGAGAAGUAGGUGAGAGGUUGCUGGUUGCUGCACCCCAUAUGUUGCUCGAGAGGAUUAAACCAAGUGAGAUGUUGAUUCAGCUGCUUGCAGGAAAGCCAGUGAUGCCUUUGGAGGGUUUUCUGGCUCUCCCAGCUGCAUCUCAUGGGCGACAGUGGCGGGGAGCGGGGCUGGCACACGUCCCGGGGGCGUGGCGUGCUGCCCGUAGGGGCAUGGUGCCCAGCACGGGCAGGGGGGCAGCCGUGAUGGCACCCUGCCGGGGUUGCACUGCCAGGGGCAGUGCACUCCCCCCGCACACCUCUUCCUCUGCCAGUGAUGGGCGAUCAGUUGGUUCCCCCCAACUCAGAAGCGUGUUGGCUUGGUUUAACUAUGGGAGUGGCUCUUAAAUGAAGAGGCCACCUUAGAAAGGCAUGAGACCUGUAGCAUAGGAGGAAAAAGCUUCUCGCAGAUGGCUCCCAAUUUAAACCUUGGUUGGAGUGGGAAAUACAAGUGUCAGCCAACCAGUAUAUGAAUGAGUUAUAAUCCUAGUUUGAUCAGUAUAUAACUUUCAUGCAGGGACCGCGAACCUGUGGCCUUCCAGGAAUUGUGGGACUCCAACUCCCAUCAUCCCCAGUCAGCAUACCCAGUGGCCAAUCAUCUACCAUCAGAUGAAGGCUAAUGCCAUGGGGCCUUGUGGUCAGUCUACUUCCAGGAGGUGCAAUUCUUGUAUCACCAAGUGGGGAAAAGGGUGUGAGAUAUAAAAACGCCUGGGGUCCUGAGACCCUCAAAAUAAAAUCUGAGCAAAAUUGGUGAAGCAACAAAAAGUUUUAUUGAUUACAUGAAUGUUUCUUGCAAGAAUCGGGUGUCCCAAAAGCAGGCACACCCAAUUUCAGAAAAACACAAGUUUAUAUCACCAUCCCUUGAGCAAAAAGGUCCCUCCCCUGUCCCCCAUUGGCUGGGGGUGUGCAGGAGUUACAGCCUAUCACGACCACCUAAUUAAAAUAUUAAACUCUCCUCCCCUGUUGACAUCUCCCAUUUCGCUAAAUCCAGGGACCAUCACUCUUAAUUACAUUUACCCAAAUAAGGAAGCGUGUUCCUAUGCUUUCACACAUUUACUCAAGUGAUAAAGCCACUUCCUGCCACCCUCUUAGGCAUACCAGAGUCCUACCCUGCUGAAGCAUGCUGAAGUGAAGUGAUAAAACCACAUCUCGACCACCCCCUAGGUGUACGCAAGUUCUCCCCUGCCAAAGCAUGCUGAGGUGUCUAGAUAAAGCACAGCCUAACAGCAAGCUGCCAUGUUUUCAGGUGUUCUAACCCCAAGCCAGUAAAGAGAAGCCUCCAAGCAAGCCUGCGGUUCCUAAGCUGUUGCUCAGGUGUUGCAACUGUUUGAGGUCUUCUGACCUUGUAUGAAAAAGCGAUAUUUUUAUUCCUUAAAGGAGGAGAUACUUCUGCUGUAAAUGUCUUAAAAACUUUUCAAUAAUCCAUAAGAGAAGAAAAGAACCACAUGGUGAAAGCUAGUUAGAAUUGUGGAGUUGGGAGGGACCCCAAGAGUCAUCUAGUCCAACCCCCUUCAAUGCUGGAAGAGUUGUAUUGUGUCAUAGUGUUGGAAAUGUGGUGAAUGUUGACAUUUAAUGGCAAUUCUUUAGAGGACCAAUGGGAAAAGUGACUUCGUUUUGUGGUAGGAAGUAUGAUUUGAUGUUUACAUCCCUAGCGCAGUAAACACAUUUUAACCUGUAGGAGGUUAAUAUUUGGGCAGUUCCAUGAGUUUGGAGUUCCUCAGUGAUCACAAUGAGCCAGAAAGAAGUGGGAUGUGUGAAUGAUUCAGGAGCAAAUGCUGCUCACUUGGGAGUUUGGAAACGGCUUGAGAUUUUACCAGCUGUCUUGGAAAACAUUCAUCCUUGGCUUGGUAACGUAGUCUGCAGCAGCAUGGCCUGGUCACAGAACAUCUGUUAAAUUUUAAUCAAAAGCAUGUGGUUUGUAUUAAUAAUUUCUGUUUCUGUGCCUGUGAAACAGCUGGUUUUGCAGUUCACAUAGCUCCUUAAGAGUAAAGGCUAACAUGGAAGAUCUUCAUUGCAUGUGUCUUCCACAGAAGGUGGAUUGGGAUAUCCUGCUAGAUCUGCUGAGCAACCAGCAAUAGAUCAACAAAGGUUUCAGACUUCCAGUGGUUUAGCCUCAGCAGCAGCAGCAGCAACAACAACAUUAUUAGGAUGCUGAAAUGGAGAAAACUACCCAAGCACAGAAGGUGCCCCGACUAUUGAAGGAAUGGGUUUCUGUGUAGUAAGUUUAAAACUGACUCAACCCCCCUUUUUUUGUUCUUUCAAAAGAGAGCACUUUUAAAUGCGUAAAACUUGAGCUGUUGAGCAAAAACAUAAACAAGCUCUCUCCUUUAUCAGUCACGGCAAGGGAUGGCCUUGGCUCUCUAGGGGAACAAAGAAAACACGUCAGAACUUUAUCUUAUGUGCUGACCACAAAAUACGUGCAAGACCGAUGUCUGGGGAAAACGCCAAAAGCGUGUUCCCGGAGAUGGUGUCCUCGUCCCAGAUAAGAGUAGGAAGAGGAAGAUCCUUUUAUGGUCAGAAGUACAGGAAGGAAGAUCCUUUUAUGGUUGAGAGUACCAGAGCAGGAACAUAUGUGAUGUCAACCUGCGUAUGUAGGCCGACAUGGUUGGGCUCCUAGGGGAGGAGUGAGAGGGUGCCUGGAGGAUAUAUAAACUACAUGAAACCUGUCAUUUCUUUGGACUUGCUGUGGACUUGAUCACGCAAGUGCCUUCUGCUAUCCGGAGAGCAGAAUAAACUCUUUCUUUGAACCAACUCGGUGUCAUUUGACUUCCUUCCUCCUGUCCCGGAGCAACACAGACCCAAUCGGUGAACUCCAGUAAGGCUACACUAUAAAAUUGGAGAAAUUGAGAGAUACAUAGCCGCAUCGGCAGCAUAUUUCUCCUUUCUCGUAUCUAGAAAUGCAAGAAGGGCCUUUACACUUGCCAGAAGCGCGGCUCAUCCCUCGCCGGUCCUGGAUGGAGCCUUUAGAAAAGUCCCCUAUGCCCAGAGACUUUGCACCUGUCCAUUGGGAGAGAUAGGAAGCCCAGAACACUUAUUCUUUAAAUGUCCCUUUUAUGAAGAGGCACGCAGUAAGUUCAUUGAUCCCCUACUGGUGAGGCUUGCCGACCUCCCGCAAAAGCAAAAAUUUGACCUUUUGCUGUUAGGCAAAGACCAGAAGAAGACCUGGAUGGUCGCCAGAUUCUAUGUGCAAAUCUGUAGACGCAGACUAUCGCCCAACUCAAAAUAGUCCAGUAUGAAAAUCCCCAAACCCAGUUCCAUGGGUGACUCUGAGUCAACUCCCUGGGAUAGUUUAUUGUUGCACAGUGUGUCUAAAUUCAUUGUUGUACAUUGUUUUAAUUGUCUGUUUUACUGAAUGUUUUAAAUUUGUUUUUAGGUUUUUUUAUCUGUUUUAAUUAUCAGUUUUGUUUUUUAUCCACUUAAUAUUCUAUUCUCUGACUGCUGGUCUAUGAAUGUAAUAAACUGAUAUAUAUAUAUAUAUAUAUAUAUAUAUAUAUAUAUAUAUAUACACAUAUAUAUAUAUAUAUAUAUACCCAAGCACAGACUUUUUGUGUGCAAUGACUGCAAGCUCAGCUCAGUUUUGGUACUGAAAACAAAUUCCUAGGCUCAGAGGCACCCUAGGAACAUAGGAAGCUGCUUUAUACUGAAUCAGACCUUCGGUGCACCUAGCUCCUUCAAUGUACACUGACCGGCAGUAGCUCUCCAAGGUUUCAGGCAAGGAACUCUUCCAGCCCUGCCUGAAGAUGCAGGGGAUGGAACCUGGGAUCUUUUGCACACAAAGCAGAUGCCCUAACACUGAGCUAUUUCUUGUUCUUUAUUUCUUGAUUCUUGUUCUUUGUUUCUUUUGCACCCGGCUUGGGUUGGGGAGAUGCUGGCAUUCUAUUUUUAAAAAUCACCAUCAAAGUCUGCCCCCACCCUGAUCUCAAGAGUGAUCUAGAUCUUUGACCACUAGAUCUGCUGAGCGCUGAGUGCACAUGCUCAGAAUCUGGUGGAAUAUUCUGAGCCAGAGUCCUUCUGGGGAAAUGAGGCUUGACUCUUAGCAGAGCCCAGCGUUUAAGCCUGGGCAAAUUAAUAUAGCAAGCCAGAGAGCUCUAUGAAUUGCAGCAACAUCACUAACACAAAGAUAUAAUUCCCACGCGCCUGCCACUGAACAUAAGAAGAGCCCUGCUGGACCACCGAAUCCAGCCUCCUGCUCUCACAGGGACCCACCAGCUGUGGAUGGGAAGCCCACAAGCAAAGCCCAAGAGCAACAGCAACUCAGCCACUUGGGCAUCCCACCAGCUGGUAUUCAGAGGAGGGAGGACAUGGCCACUGGGUUACUAGCCAUGGUCACAGCCUUACCCUUAUUUCUCAUUUGAGAGAGGGUUUGGGUGACUUAGCCUUAUCCAGACAUUGAUAGCCUUAACUUGCCUUCUAGGAUGCUCCAUGCAAAAUUAGAACAAUUGCAUUGUUGAGUCAGAAAGCUUUUUCUUAGCCCUGCUUAGCCUUGCCACCCUCUGAUUCUGGCCUGGCAUUUGGACAUCUACGGAAAGCACCCAGCUGGCUCUCAAAUUUACUCAUCAGAAUUUUCUGACAUUCACCUCUGGAUUUGGUAAAAGUUUAAGCAUUGACCAAAUUUCUUGCUGUAAGACUGGCAUGCAACACAAACUGUGUGUGGUUUCUGCAUGUCCCUUGGAAGAGCAACUUCCUCAGCUCUUGACCACAAAGAGCACUGCCAAGGGAGUUAUGGAGAAGCAAGAUCCAGUUUGGGACUGACUCUGUGAAGAAGGAAUUCAGCGGAGUAAAACCAUAAUUAACUCCUUAGUCUGCAUUGGCCAGGACAGCCCUGGUUCACAAGACCUUGGGUUUGGCAGGGGGUUGGAAAACGGACAGAUUUGUGGUUCACCCAUCACUUCCCAACCUUGCAACUUACAAAAAUGUUUGAAUAAUUUUCAAGGAAGGGAAGGGAAGUUAAGUGCAGGCCAUACAUUUCUGCAAAAUGACACUUAUAAGCAGAAGCUAUGAAAGCAAUGUUUAGGGUGUAUCCAAGAGCCAUAAAUAGUACUGGGGUAGGGGAGGAGAGUAAUGCACAGGAGUAAUGCAAAGAUGUAUCUCCUAACCACUGAAAGUAAUGUGUGGCAUAUAUUCAGAAGCAGCUGUAAAUAGCAUUAGCCAAAGCAAACGCUGAGCAUCUGCAUAACAACAGAGAUAAACACAGCCAGUGGAGGUGAUGAGUGGAAGCGUCAUAAUGUGUGAUAUUAACAGAUGCAAUCCUUUGUAACAGCUGGGGUAACAUUUAAAAAAGAAAAGAAGAUGGAGGCACCAGAAGCAAUGUGACAGGAGGUUUCAGCAUCCCUCUGGCAAGGCGGUGGGCUUGUUUAUGGCGGGGAAGGAAAGGCCGCUUUGACAGAGCCAUAACUUCUCCCAAAUAACUUUAUGUAUCAGAUGCAGUGCCGUCCCUUGGCAGGGAUUCUUGGUGGCUCAGCUCUCUCCUGGCUCAUUUGCCUUUCAAAUGGACUUGCCUCUUUCUGGGAGCAGCGCAUGAGUAGCAUGUUCAAAAUCGGUGACUCCAAGAAGCUGAGUUUAGCACGUGCAUUACUAUUAAACAAAUGCAUGGAGGAAAGGACUCUUGAUGGCUAGUGGCCAGGGUGGCUCUGCUCUGAAUAACUUGCUGGAAACCACAGGAGGGGAGACGGGGCUCUUGUGCUCGAGUCCUGCUUGCAGGUUUCCCACAGAAAUCUGUUCAGCCCCUAUGAGAAGAGGGUGCUGGACUAAAUGGACCACUGCCCUGACCCAGCAGGUUAUUCAUGUGUUUGUACUCUAGCCUAGUAACAGCAAGGAAGCCAGAAGAGUGAUCCGCAGUACAACAACAUUUCAUAAUUUAAAAUUAAGGUAUCCUUGAACAUUAGCUUUGGAAACAUAAUGCAGAACACUUCUAGCAAAGAUCCCUCAAGUCAUUGCAUUUGUCAAACUGCUUACUUCUUAGAAUUGAGAAUGUCUUCUCUCUCUUUCUCGGAAGGAAAAGAUCUACAUCCUAUUUUAAGCUGAUAAAGCUGCUCAUUUCCCGUGAGAUUGAGCUUGAAUCUGUAAAAUACCGUUUGAAUACAGAACUCCUAUCAAACGGGAGCAGAAUGAGAAAGCCCAGACAAGCCAUCUUGGCUGCAAAGGAGUGGGCCCCAUAAAUGCUGUCCUCCCCAGAUGCAAUAUCCACAGCCUUACUGGCUUCAGGGGCCUGUCUCUUAAUUUGCAGUCCUGCUGCUUCACUUCUGCCCAUAAAUUCCUGAUGCAGCACACAAUUCUCACUUGCUUCCUGGAGAGUUUAUGAGCAGCAUUCUGCGCCUCUGGUAAUUUCAGGGCUGUUAACAAAUAAAAGGGAUGUUCAGAAGAGCCCCACCAGCCAUUCAGUCUGAAACUGCACAAUCCAGAAUAUGGGACAAUUGAUCAAUAUAUUCCAAGAUAUAGAUGGAACUUGCUUUAUUUAGCCAAUGCAGCAAACCAAAGAACAGGUAAGAAACAGCUGCCCUCAGAGCUGAUAGGAUUUCUAGGAGUGCAAACCCCGCCCCUCGUGACUGUGAGUGGGGGAGAAUGAUUUCACCCUUCCCCUCCUCUGAAGGAGGAACAAAGUCCAUGGAGGGGAAGGGCUGAAUGUCCCUCCUUAUGGCAGCUCCACUCCUAGACCUCUCGAGCUCCAGCACUGCCACCCUCCCACCUUACUUUGCAGUAUGGAGGGCAUGAGGAUGCCAAGGCCUCCAGGGGUAGUUGGACUCAAACUGCCACCAUCCCUGGCUAUUGCCUGGGGCUGAUGGAAUCCACUUCAGCAAAUGAUCCCUGUGUGCUUCUGGACAGGCACUUAAUUUGCCAAUGGACUGUUGCUAGCACAAUUGGAUAAUUGGGCAUAGUGUUUUGUUUUGUUUUGUUUUGUUUUGUCUUGUUUUGUUACUUACUGGAUUUUCCUCAGAAAUGGCAAAUCCAGAUUGAAUGGGGGGGGUGGACAGGGUUGGCAUUUUGAUGUUAAUAACAUUGUGGAGCAUUCAGAGCAAUGACCACAGCUCAUGGAGUGCAGCAUGGCACCAUCUGGAAGUCUUAGCACAGGCUUCCUCAACCUCGGCCCUCCAGAUGUUUUUGGCCUACAACUCCCAUGAUCCCUAGCUAGCAGGACCAGUGGUCAGGGAUGAUGGGAAUUGUAGUCUCAAAACAUCUGGAGGGCCAAGGUUGAGGAAGCCUGUUAUUGCAGAUCAGAUUGUUAUUAUUAAUGUUUGGUGUUUUAUUAUGUUUUCGUAUGUGUUGGAAGCCGCCCAGAGUGGCUGGAGCUGGAGUCCAGAUGCUAUUGGUCUCCAACUCCCAACAACCCCAACCAGCAUGGCCAGUGGUCAUGGAGGAUGGGAGGGACAUCUGGUGGAUGCUUGGUCUACCACCUUUUUGUGUUAAAGGUGUCCAUUGGCUCUUAACUUCUCCAAGGCAGUUGAAGAAUGGCUUCAGGGGAAGAAGGUUGUGUGUGUCAUUCAUUUGGAUGACGGCCCACAACUCCUCUUGCCUGCUAAGCUAGGAGCUGCCAUCAUUCAUACGCAUCUCAGUUCUGUAGUGGGGAUUUCAUUAGUGGAGCCUGUUAUCCUAAUAUAUGAGUAGACUGCAAAGCAGUCCCUCAGCACUUGCCGGUAGGGCUGGGCAAUAACUGGUUUUCAGCAUUGUGAUAAGGGAGGAACUAUGCAGAGGCAAACAGGACAAUGCUGUGGCAACUGCUGCAGAAGCCUGUGGUGACUCACGGCAGUGACAGGAGGUGACGGCAGUAGCGGCAUCCUGAGAGGCCUUCCGGUGGCGACAGCAGAUGGUGGCAAUAGUAGUGGCAGCGGCCUGCAAGUCCUCCUGGUGAUAGUGGGAGGCGGUGACAGAAGCUGUGGCAGCCUGCCUCACCGAGGCCUCGCAGGCCGCCUCUGCUUCUGCCAGCAUCUCCUGCUGCCACCGCAUGGUCUCGCAGGCCGCCACGAUGGUCACCGCUAUGAAAAGAUCUUCCAGGCUGUCACCGCCUUUGCCACUGCCACAAAACCUUGCAGGCUGCCGCUACUGCUGCCACCACAACAAGGCCUCGCAAGCUGCCACUGCUCCCCCCUCCCCCGGUUGUUGAUUCUGCCGCCACCAGGCUUCUGCUGCUUGUGGCAGCCUGGCAGUCCCAGAUUAUUUGUAUUCACUAUGACUCCUCACCGUACUUUGGAUUGUCCUGAAUACCACCAUUUGGCAGCCAAGCCCUAAACCGAAAGUCUCAUUUGGGUGCAUUUUGGCUUGCCUGCUGAGUAAACUGAGUGUGUGAUGAUUGAUAAUAUUGUCAUGUAUCCAUUUUAGACCCCUAAGUAGUAACAGUUGCCUGGACAUUGUCCUGUUUGCCUCUGUAUAGUCCCAUCAUUAUUUCAGACAUUGUGGUAGAUUGCAAUGUUUAGUAGGUGAUAUUCUGAGGUUUGCAGUGUUUAGCUGGUGAGUUAUAUUAUGAAACAAUUAUCACAAUGUGAACUUCAAACCAGUUUUGGAAGAUAUAUCCAUAUAUUACCCAAUCCUACUUGCCAGGUUUGUGGGCUGCAGCUUUGGGGGCGUUUUGGGAAGGAGACAGGGGUGGCGGAGAGCAAACGACCUCCUUGCUGCCAUUGGUUUUGUGUUCCAAUGAGUUUCACAGGAUCACCUUGAUCUGGCAAAGGAUAUUAACAGCAGCUUUCAAGCACUCUUCUUCCCCUCAUGGUCAUGCAGCUAAACCUUAAUUGCACUGGCAGAUUCCCUGCCUCCCUCCUUAGUUCCACAGCCUAAAAGAUGCUGGUGCUUCACAAAUGAGGUUUGGGAUUGGGCGGUUUGAUCCUUGUCACUGAACCUCAGGAGGACAUUGGUCAAGUCUCCACCUGCUUCUGAUGUAGUUUGGAGUAGGGGGAAGUCAAGCCCACCUAAGGCUUACUAAACUCAGGCCCCAAACCCCACUUCCCCCAAAAUGUGCUAAGAUAUUUUUCCACACCACAAAUGGCCUAUUAGAGAUAUUGCCCCCAAAUACUUCCAAGAACAUGCCUAAGAAUCAAUUGCAGGGGGCAAGCACAUCGUCCAGGCCUACAGCAUGCAGAGGUGUCUUUGUGUAGCCUGUUUGAAUGUGCCAUCAAGUUCAGUGCAUAGCUAGCUCCUCUGCUAGCAGUCUGCAGGGAAUUGUGAGUUUUUAAAACAUUGCCUCCCCAUCAACUCUCUCAGGUUUUUCGUAGAUAUCAACAGUAUCAUGUCACCUGGUGAGUUCAUGUCCAUUCUGUUUCUAACACCUCCUCUUGUUUCUCUUGCCUGCAGGUGAAAGAUAGGAUGGUGGUGGGCGAGUUGAGCAUGUAUAGCCCAAUCCUGGCCUGCUGGCAGCCCAUUCUCAUCUUGAUGUUGGGAUCCAUCCUCUCAGGCUCUGCCACAGGUUGCCCACCCCGCUGUGACUGUUCUGCCCAGGAGCGCUCGGUGCUGUGCCACCGGAAGCGGUUCCUGGCUGUCCCUGAGGGCAUCCCCACGGAGACAAAGCUCUUGGACCUGGGAAAGAACCGCAUCAAGACUCUCAACCAGGAUGAAUUUGCCAAUUUUCCUCACUUGGAGGAGCUGGAGUUAAACGAGAACAUUAUCAGUGCCAUUGAGCCGGGGGCUUUCAAUAACCUUUUCAACCUCAGGACUCUGGGUCUCAGGAGCAACAGGCUCAAACUCAUCCCACUCGGGGUGUUCACUGGACUCAGCAAUCUCACCAAGUUGGACAUUAGCGAGAACAAAAUUGUGAUCCUCCUGGAUUAUAUGUUCCAGGACUUGUACAAUCUGAAGUCUUUGGAGGUUGGGGACAAUGACCUGGUCUACAUCUCCCACCGGGCCUUCAGCGGCCUCAACAGCUUAGAGCAGCUGACUUUGGAAAAAUGCAACCUGACGUCCAUCCCCACAGAAGCUCUCUCUCACUUGCACGGUUUGAUUGUGCUGCGGUUGCGCCACCUGAACAUCAACGCCAUCAGGGAUUACUCAUUUAAGAGGCUCUACAGACUCAAGGUUCUGGAGAUUUCACACUGGCCCUACUUGGAUACCAUGACAUCCAACUGCCUCUACGGGCUUAACUUGACAUCCUUGUCCAUCACUCACUGCAACCUGACUUCCAUCCCUUACGUCUCCUUGAGGCACUUGGUUUAUCUCAGGUUCCUGAACCUGUCCUACAACCCCAUCAUCACCAUCGAAGGCUCCAUGCUUCACGAUCUACUCAGGCUUCAGGAGAUACAGCUGGUUGGUGGCCAGCUCACCAUGGUGGAACCAUACGCUUUCCGGGGCCUGAACUACUUGCGCAUUUUGAAUGUUUCAGGGAACCUCCUGAGCACCUUGGAAGAGUCAGCCUUCCACUCUGUGGGGAAUCUGGAGACUCUCAUCAUAGACAACAACCCUCUGGCUUGUGACUGCCGGCUUCUCUGGAUUUUCCGCCGCCGUUGGAGGCUCAAUUUCAACAAGCGUCAACCCACCUGCGCAACCCCUGAAUUUGUCCAAGGCAAAGAGUUCAAGGACUUCUCCGAGGCACUCCUGCCCAACUACUUCAUCUGCCGCCGGUCCCGGAUAAGGGACCGCAAGCCCCAGCAGAUCUUUGUGGAUGAGGGCCACACGGUCCAGUUCAUCUGCCGUGCGGAUGGAGACCCACCUCCGACCAUCAUGUGGCUCUCACCAAGGAAGCACCUCAUCUCUACCAAAACCAAUGGGCGGCUCACCGUCUUCCCUGAUGGCACUCUUGAGGUGCGCUAUGCCCAGAUCCAAGACAACGGCACCUACCUAUGCAUCGCCAGCAAUGCUGGCGGCAACGACACCAUGCUGGCCCACCUGCACGUCCGCAGCUACUCCCCCGACUGGCCCCACCAGCCCAACAAGACCUUUGCUUUCAUCUCCAACCAGCCCAACGAGAGCGACGCCAACAGCACGCGAGCCACGGUGCCUUUCCCCUUUGACAUCAAGACCCUCAUCAUUGCCACCACAAUGGGCUUCAUCUCCUUCCUGGGGGUCGUCCUCUUCUGCCUGGUGCUCCUCUUCCUUUGGAGCCGGGGCAAAGGCAACACCAAGCACAACAUCGAAAUAGAGUAUGUCCCGCGCAAAUCCGAUGCCGGCAUCAGCUCUGCCGCGGAUGCGCCACGCAAGUUCAACAUGAAAAUGAUCUGAGGAAGGGAGAAGGAGAGAAAGCAAUGGCUGGAACUCAGUAAUGAGAGGCGUGUGUGGGGGGUUUUUUUUAAUAAAAAAGAUUUAAUAAUAAAGAGAUCCAGUUCAAGAAACAUGCAAACCUCUCUUCUCUCCACCCAGCUCCCCACCCUCCUUCUGUGGCCCACAAUCCUGCAUCACUUCCCCCUUGACCUUUUUGGGGGGGGGGGGUUCUGCUGACGUCUCCAGAACUUCCCAUGUUUGUAGGACCUAUUCUGACAGACUCCAGUGUCGAUCCUAACAAUGACAGGAAAUUCAACAAGAAUUCAAAACAACAAUUGAUUUAAAAAAGAAAGUUACGAACUUCCUCUGUAACUUUGAUUUCAAUAAUUAUGGAUUUUUAUGAAAACUUGAAAUAAUAAUAAAAAAACUAUUUCCU